AUGGGGGGGGGGGGGGGGCACCUGAUCAUUACUGAACUCCUGAAACCUUCAAAGCUGAGCCGCUCAGCCUCACUUUCUCUGCCAACGGAUCUGUUCAGAGGCACCGACCGCCAACACAGCUCCGCCCCACAGAUACGACACCCAGAGAGCGGGCUGCUCCACGAGCGCGAGGACAAAACGUUCACCCCCGCUGACGGACGUGGAAAAGACGGCUCUUCUUCUUUCUGUUUCUUUCCCGCCUCGGCUCCUCGGCUCAAACCGUUCCAGGAUUCCAUCACGGGUCAGCAAGGAAGGGAAAUUAAUCUCAGGCCGCCGAGGACUCACAGCGCCAGGCUGACAGGGGCCCGGGGCCGGGGAGGUGGGCGCAGGGCCAAACGCCGUGGCAAAGUCUAAAGUCGCUGUGCAAAGGGUAGCAGUCACAAGUGAUCAGAGAGCGCCGGACAGUCAGCUGGAAGUCAGUCAGAGCCACAGCGACGUUUCUGGCACUGAUGCCGGCGAAUAAACGUAAAUCCAGAGUGACAGACACGCCUCAACUUCGGCACAACUUUCUCUGCACGACCUCCACCGUCGAGGUCACGGGGGGCGGGGAUUAAUCCUUUAGCUUCGAACUCAAUAACAACAGGAGAAAAACACGGACUUUUCCUUUAAAUUAAAACAAAAUAAAAACACUGACUUAUUAAACAGAGUGUAGUUUGACCGAGGGGACUUGCCGUAGUGUGACGUCUGACAUGAAGAAGGACGAGCAACAGUCUACAGAACCAAACUGGUCGCCAUCAUGCUUGAAGUCCUGGUGGACUGGUGGACUGGUGGACUCUGGGCGAGGCUCAUGAUUGGUGCAGGUUUUACGGGGUCACAUUUACAGAUUUCUCUGUUUAUUUUCCUUUUUUUUGGUUCCACUGAGCUUCUUCACGUUUCUGAUGGUUGAAUAAUGCUCCUCUGUCUGAAAUCACUUCGUUCAGAACUUCUUAAUCCGGUUUUAUUUUCAUGUGGAGCAGAUUUUCCUCCUCCAGAUAUCAGACCGUCCACAGAGCGAGCUGAGCCGCUGACUUUCCUCUCUGUGGUUUUCUAACAACAUGUGUUUAAAGACUCAGACUGAGAGGAGACUCAGAAUCCGACACACAAACACACCAGAAACAGGAGGAACUCAUUCAGGUCGAUCAAAGUAUUUCAGUCAUAUUUAAAGAUCUGAACAUUUAUGAGACUUCUGUUAGAGUGACUCAAAGUCUGGCGUUCAGACUCAGAGAUCGUAGGAUGUCUGAUCUGCAGGAAAAUCCUCUGAUGGAGUCCUGAAGCUGCUGACUGCUGGACUGGGUGGAUGAAUGAUGGUGCUGUUGAUGCUGCUGAGACCGGGUCGAGAUGAGGAGGUGGAGGGAGCUGCGCGCAAACCAGCGGCGAGAAAGAAGAGUCAUUUUUAAAAUGAGAGCAGAGCUGGGAUUGGCUGACUGUGAGCAUGUGCUACCAUGCUAUUGGAUAAGGAAGGACCCGGUGAACGGCUGAUGAACCAAUGACAGCUCAGAGCGACGAGGUCAGGAAAAGUGAGUCGGCGUUGGAGCGACACUGAAGCAUCUGUGACGACAAUUAUCGUCUUCUGACUGAACUGAGGCUGGAGCUUCAUUUAGAGGGUCGAAAUUUAACAGGAAAAACUACUAACAGCUAUUAAUGAUAAUGAUAAUAAUAAUUAUUAUAAUUAUAAUUAUUAUAUAUUAUCACCCAAAAAAACACAAACAAACAACAGAACAACAUAAACACACAAACUUAAAUAAUCUGUUCAUUGACAAAAUAAACAAAUUAAAGUCUAAACUCGUGGUCCUUUUUAUCUGCAGAGGGUUUUAAAAAACACAGCUGGGUCUGUAACACACACACACGCACACACACACACAGCUGUGAAAGUAAUCUACGGCUGUGUGUGUGUGUGUGUGUGUGUGUGUGUGUGUGUGUGUGCGUGUGCGUGUGUGUGCGUGUGUGUGCGUGUGUGUCGGCUCUGCUUCUUCACUCAAUGUGAAGCUCAGAAUAAGGAGUCCACCAGGUUUGAGUCUAAACCCAAAAACCAGAUUAAAAACAGAGUUCACAAACUAAAAUCAAAGUUAAACUAAAAUCCGAGUUUACAGAUCAACAUCAGGAUUUACAGACUAAAUUUAAAGUUAAAAAACUGAAAUCACAGUUUGAGCUCCUGGUUAAAUCCCCCUGUGGCUGUAGUCCUGACCCCUUACCUGUGCUCACAGGUAAAUAACAAACUUCUUCUGAUUGUUCCUCAGUUGAACCGGUUCACGGUCCGUCAUGUUUGCUCUGAUCCAAAACUUCACUGACCGGGUCUUAAAGUUCUGGGAUAGACCACAGAGAGGACUCUGAACCAGGAUCCAAUGUUAGGGGGUAAGGAUGAGGAUCCUGUGAUUCCUGGGACCUCCUUAAAGACUUUUACAAUCCCAAGAAUCUGACAGGAGGUUUUAGAGGGAGGGGUCAGGACGGGGUCAAACAGUGAAAUACUGCGGCCGGUGGACCUCAGACCAACUCUUCUGUUUUAUUGUUAUUAAACUGAAGAAAAUGUGCAGACAUCUAUGAUUUAUAUCCUGAAGGCGGUUAUAGAGCUCAGAUCAUUGACUGUAUUUCUAUGGAAGGUAAAUGUGUGUUUAUUCAGCCUCUCUGUGUGUCAUCAGAACAGUGAAAGAUAAUCCUCAUCCCUGUUACGGUGCGAUCGCAACAAACACAAAUAAAUUCAGUGAAUUACAUGGAAACUUAAAGAUGAGAUUAGACGCUUCAAACCUUUAAUCUGUGAGAAAAAUCUGAACUCAAGUUAAUGUUUGUCCUGUGAUAACCAAUCAGCACACAGAUACACUGAUGUUUGUGCUGUGAUAACCAAUCAGCACACAGAUACACUGAUGUUUGUCCUGUGAUAACCAAUCAGCACGCAGAUACACUGAUGUUUGUCCUGUGAUAACCAAUCAGCACGCAGAUAUACUGACGUUUGUCCUGUGAUAACCAAUCAGCACACAGAUACACUGAUGUUUGUCCUGUGAUAACCAAUCAGCACACAGAUACACUGACGUUUGUGUAUCAGAUGAUAAAGUUGCAGUUUAACUCUCGUUUCUAAAGUGACCGAGGUUUAUUAUUAUUGUUAUUCUCCUGUUUCUUUAUUCUUCUUAUUAUAUUAAUAAUAAUAAUAAUAAUAAUAAUAAUAAUUAUUAUUAUUAUUAUUAUUAUCAUUACUAUUAUUAUUAUUAUUUCUAUUAUUAUAAUUCUUCCGUACCUUUUUUGGACCUCUUCUCCUCCUUCAUACCAGGGGCGUCACUAGACCUAAUACUGUACUGGGGCACAAAAAAAUUCAUGAGAGCGCGUGAAAAGAAAACAAACUAAAACAUAUUCAGCACUUAUUCAUCUUCAAAAACAUAAACAGGUCUUUAAAUUAUUCAAUCGUAUCAGACUAUGUUGUUGUCUAGAUCUUUGAUUAACCACCUGACAUGUACUGCCGUAUUUGGCCUACUUGUGCACUUUACUCUAGACUUCUAAACCAUCACUGAUAAAAGUAAAAAGGAAGAGAAAUGAAUCUUUUUGAAAUAUUUUUUUAAGUAAACAUCUGCAAAUUGAACAUUUACAAAAGUAAAGAAAUAAAAUAAAGCACCCCAGACUACUAUGUUUCUGUGAAAUAAACUUGAAUGGUUUAAUAAUUUGGCUCAGGACUUGAUGAUAGAGAAAACUGUUUUUCCUCCUGAGGAUAGACCCUCUGAGAACCACGGCACCAUCCAAAGGUAGGGUACCUGUACCUGUCAACUAACAUGAGCUUCCUCAAAAUCAUCAUUGAUGCAGAACCAGAACCAACAUGAUGCUUCAUGCUGAUGAAACUCUCUGAAGCUCGUAAAUUAAUGUGGUUGUCUUGAUACAAGGAAUAAUGUUAGCUAACCUAGCAUUAACUUAAGACAGACUUAUGUUGCCGAGCUAGCUUGUUCUUCACUUACCUCUCUCUGUCCUCGCUGCUUUAUCUCUGCUGCCGAAUAACCUCCUGAAAUCCAUCCAGGAGUUACAGUUCGAAUUAAAAUCAAAAUAAUUUAUUUAACAAGUUGUUGUCGGCCAACGUUACCUCUCUCUCUCUCUCUCUCUCUCUCUCCUCUCUCUCUCUCUCUCUCUCUCUCUCUCCCUCGACACGGAAGUAUUCUCAGCCGAAGUCGCUGCACGUGAAUAAAUUACCAUAUUAAUUAGCCGCGUGCCCAUUGUUUAUGUUGUUUAUGUGGGGUGACUACAGUAACACUGAACUAAGUAGUUUUUGCUCCGUGAACUUUGAACUCUGCGUUGAUUUUUUGUUAUUAGUGACAUUUUUACUGGGGCACGUGCCUCAGUGAAAUCUGUCUGGUGACGCGGCUGGGUGACACCGUUACAGGCGCGCGCGUCACAUACACGCGCGGUGCGCGCUCUGAUCACAGCUGGUACUAGCAUGAUCGGCGGUAAGCUAACAUUGAUCAAAACUCUGCCGAUUGAGGUUUUUAAAAGUCGUUAUUUUUGUCAUUUAAUUCCCUUCAAACUGCUGCUGUAAGUUCAGAGUAAAGUCCGGGUCAUUCGGUGUCAGUUUAGGAACUUUGAGAGUUUUAUAAACGAAGUUUGAACGAAUUUAUGUCUGAAAAUAACAGCUAAUGCUAAUGCUAACGGGAUCAUGGAGGAGCUUUUAAGUUAGGAAGGGGACUCAGGUGAGACCAGGACCAGGUUAGACCAGGACCAGGUGAGACCAGGACCAGACCCCCCAGUUCCUGGAUUCUUGUCUUUCUGUCCAUAAAAACCUGUUUGGAGUCUUUAGUUAUUUAUUUAUUAAUUAUUAUAAUUUUUCUGUGUUUAGAUAAGUAUUAUCUGGACUUUAAUAUUCUGUUAAAAUAAACUGAAAUUCAUACAAAUGUUAGUUAAGUGUAUUUUCUAUGGUUACAUAUUGUCUAUAAAUUUAUAUAUUUUUGCUUCAAAUGAUUAAUAAUUUGUUUUAUUAGAUUAUUUCAUGACUAAAAUAUAAACACUUUAUUUUUUUACUGUUGUGUUUUUAUGUCAUAAAUAUUGUUAGAAAAGCUGAAACUCUCUGAGAUCAGAACAAACAGAACCAGAACCAGAACCAGAACUGUUUCCUAACGGGUCAGUAUCACCCAGAACACACACACACACACACACACACACACACACACACACACACACACACACACACACCUCAUGAGGAGGUCUGAUUAUCAUUAAAGAUCCUCACACUGGGAUCAUCCUCUGAUAGGUCUAUAUCAGUGAUUCUCAACAGGUGGGUCCCGACCCAAAAGUGGGUCGUGGACAUGUUCUGGAUGGGUCGCUAACAGCUGGUCAGAAAAGUAAAUAUUUAGUCUUCAUGUGAUGUUUGUCUUUUAUUUUGAAAGGCCCGUGUUCUGUCCUGGUCCGCCUCGGUUUCUUAUUAAUGUGGCCUGAAUCCAGUAAAAAUAAAAUACAUGUUUUGUUUUUUUGGGUCUUUAUUUCGUUUAAUUUAAUAUUUAUUGACUUUGGUCCUCCUCAGGUUCUUCUGACUCUCAUCUUAAUGCAGAGAAACAAAUCAGUAAAGUUCUUAUUUUUCUCUAUUUUGUGUGAUUUGAUAUUUUGUGUUUUUGUAACUUCAGUCGUCGUCGUCGUCAGGUCAUGUGCUGCUAAAUAAACUUCACUCCAUAAAAACAUUAAAGAUUUAAGAGUUUAAAGGUUUUUUAGAGAAGAUAAAUGUCUUAUGUUGAGUUUUAUAAAAGUGGGUCGUGACUGAAGGAUCAUGGGAAAAUGUGGGUCCUAGAGUGAGACCAGCUGAGAACCACUGACCUACGGAAACAGAGACCACCUGACCUGCUGCAGGAGCCCCGCCCCCUCUCUGCAAUCACACCUGUGAUUGGACGCCCUGCAGACGAGACACAAAGUAAGUGAAGGAGUUUAUUGACACUUGGUGUGAAGAUAAAAGUUCUGGUUCUUCUUCAGGUCGAGAGGAAGAAGAAGAGGAAGAGGAGGAGGAAGAAGAAGAAGAGGAAGAAAAAGAAGAAGAAGAAGAAGAGGAGGAGGAGGAAGAAGAAGAAGAGGAAGAAAAAGAAGAGGAAGAAGAAGAAGAAGAGGAGGAGGAGGAAGAAGAAGAAGAGGAAGAAAAAGAAGAGGAAGAAGAAGAGGAGGAAGAAGAAGAAGAAGAAGAGGAAGAAGAAGAGGAGGAAGAAGAAGAAGAGGAAGAAGAAGAGGAGGAGGAAGAAGAAGAGGAAGAAGAAGAGGAGGAGGAGGAAGAAGAGGAAGAAGAAGAAGAGGAAGAAGAAGAGGAGGAGGAGGAAGAAGAAGAAGAGGAAGAAAAAGAAGAGGAAGAAGAAGAGGAGGAAGAAGAAGAAGAGGAAGAAGAAGAGGAGGAAGAAGAAGAAGAGGAAGAAGAAGAGGAGGAGGAAGAAGAAGAGGAAGAAGAAGAGGAGGAGGAGGAGGAGGAAGAAGAGGAAGAAGAAGAAGAAGAGGAAGAAGAAGAAGAGGAGGAAGAAGAAGAAGAAGAAGAGGAAGAAGAAGAGGAGGAGGAAGAAGAGGAAGAAGAAGAAGAGGGAGAGGAAGAAGAAGAAGAAGAGGAGGAAGAAGAGGAAGAAGAAGAAGAGGCUGGAUCUCCAGGUCAGGAGGGUCGGCUGAAAUUAAAGGUCCUGAAAACGUCUCAUCAUUUCCUGUCAGCUGACCUCAGGACAGACUUGGACAAAAGUCUCUCACCUCCUGAUCCUCCAAACUGACCGUCUCCCCCCUCUCUCCCCUCUCCUCACCCUCCCCUCCCCCGUCUUCACUCUCUCCUCUCUCUCCCCCUCUGUUGUUUUUCUCUCCCCCUCCCUCUCUCUCUGUUGUUGGAUGCCGGUCGUCUCAGGGUGACGGUGAGCUGUGGAAUAAGGGGGUGGGUGUGAAGUGUGUGUGUGUGUGUGUGUGUGUGUUUGACAGCAUUCUUCGGAGCGCGAGGUGAAGAAGAAGACGAACAGAGGAGCUCUAAAGCUGGAGGUUAGUGCCAACGUCUGCUUCACACACACAGAGUUUUGUUCUUUGGCUCGGUUCUCAGCUGACACGCUCACACACUCGUAAACAUGCUUGGAGAGCGAGCGAGUCGUCAGUUUAUGUGAGGAGGAGGAGGAGGAGGAGAGCUGCAGGAGUUCAGCGGAAACUUUCUCUGCUGUGUUUUCAGAUCCUGCUGCAGACCGCGAUCAUCGGACAGCAGAGGGAGGGUCAGUGAACCACAGAACAGCGAAACUGUAAGUUAACAUAAACCUGCAUGGAGACGUUUGUACCUGCUGCACUGACAACAGAUCAGAGAAAUAUUCAGACAGAAACAGUCGAUAAGGAAGAUCGACCUCCUGAUUCACGAGAAACUGAUAAAAAAAAACUCAUUUAAAAAAAAAAGAAAAAUGAACUCAGAGAAACGACCAAACUGAGAAACGUGACGAGAACCAGAGAGAACCAGAGAGCUGAGGAGAGGCCGAGGCUAAAACACGAAACUAAAUAUCAUAUAAAAGUAAAAAUACAGUUAAAAUGUGAAAAACAAACAAAAUCAUGAGAUAAAAAAACAACCAAAGACUAAAGAUACGAACGUUUAACUGAUGACGUCGAGUUCAAAUGUUAAAAUCUUGUUCACAGUUUUAAUCGUGUUCGAUAAACUUUGUCAGAAAGAGAAACAAACUUAAUAAAAAUCAAAACCCCGAAAAACAUCGGAAGAGUUUUUUACAACCUUAAAAUAAUCGGACAAACACCGAAACCUGCCAAAACACCGACUUUUCCAAACCAAGUUAAGGUUCGUAAAGAUGAAGUCAGAGUGGAAGAGAAAAGGUCGGCGCUGAAGACGAACUCACCAAGAACUUUAUCCUGGAGGAGAAGUCCACAUCGUCUCAGUGACGUCACCAUGACUCCGCCUACCUCUGAUAACCUGAGGCGGACCUUUAGCCUCCCUGCUAACAGCGACAGCGGGCCCACCUGUCCGUUACCGUGGAAACGCUGAGCUUCUCCAACCAGAACUGUCGGUUAAACAUCUGUGAAGGUGUUCCUGCUCCAAAAACUGGUGUUGAAGUCAAGACCGCACCAACCCAGACCAGAGACAAGACCAGAGACCGAGACCAGAGACCAAAGAGUACCUAGACCAGAGAGGACCAGAGAGGACCAAGACCAGAGAGGACCAGAGAGGAGCAAGACCAGAGAGGACCAGAGAGGACCGAGACCAGAGAGGACCGAGACCAGAGAGGACCAGAGAGGACCAAGACCAGAGAGGACAGAGACCAGAGAGGACCAGAGAGGACCAAGACCAGAGAGGACAGAGACCAGAGAGGACCAGAGAGGACCAAGACCAGAGAGGACCAGAGAGGACCAAGACCAGAGAGGACCAGAGACCAGAGAGGACCGAGACCAGAGAGGACCAGAGAGGACCAAGACCAGAGAAGACCAAGACCAGAGAGGACAGAGAAGACCAAGACCAGAGAGGACAGAGACCAGAGACAAGACCAGAGACCAGAGAGGACCGAGACCAGAGAGGACCAGAGACCAGAGAGGACCGAGACCAGAGAGGACCAGAGAGGACCAAGACCAGAGAAGACCAAGACCAGAGAGGACAGAGAAGACCAAGACCAGAGAGGACAGAGACCAGAGACCGAGACCAGAGAGGACCAGAGAAGACCAAGACCAGAGAGGACAGAGACCAGAGACCGAGACCAGAGAGGACCAGAGAAGACCAAGACCAGAGGACAGAGACCAGAGACCGAGACCAGAGAGGACCAGAGAGGACCAGAGAGGACCAAGACCAGAGAGGACAGAGACCAGAGACCGAGACCAGAGAGGACCAGAGAAGACCAAGACCAGAGAGGACAGAGACCAGAGACCGAGACCAGAGAGGACCAGAGAGGACCAGAGAGGACCAAGACCAGAGAGGACCAAGACCAGAGAAGACCAAGACCAGAGAGGACCAGAGAGGACCAAGACCAGAGAGGACCAAGACCAGAGAGGACCGAGACCAGAGACAAGACCAGAGACCAGAGAGGACCAGAGAGGACCAAGACCAGAGAGGACCGAGACCAGAGAGGACCAAGACCAGAGAGGACCAGAGAGGACCAGAGAGGACCAAGACCAGAGAGGACCAGAGAGGACCGAGACAAGACUGAGACGACACCAAGACCCUCAAAAAAUGGUCUCGAGACCAAGACCGAUCUCAAGUGCUUCAACUCGACCGAAAACUACAGUCUGAUGGUUUCUGCUGCUUCUGCAGAACGCCCCUGGUGGACACACAAGGAACUGCAGUUUUUAGCUUCAACUUCAUCAGCUUUGGGGGCGUCAUCCCCAAAUAUUCCUGAAAUAUUCCUGAAAUAUUCCUGAAAUAUGGGAUAAACCCGAACACUGACUGUUCCUCUCAGAUAAACGAACAGACUGAAGAGUGGGAUCAGAGCCGAAGGACCAAAAUCUGUCAGUUUAACGUUGACAUCAGCUGAUCCUGUUGAACACCUUCAUGAAGGAUCUACCUGUUAAAGUCUGGAGGAAGAUCUUCAUCCACACCUGCUCCUCCUGAAAACACCUGAAACUCUGUUCACUGUGGCGCUGUGUGAACGCGGAUCAGCGAGCAUUCGCCGCCGCCGCAGCUUUGGCGGCUUGUUUUGCUCUCUGUGGUCGUUGUGGUGGUGGUACUGGGAGGAGUUGUAGUGCGAGUCUGUCAGAGUGUUGUGUCUGUAGUUUGUAGUUUUGUCUGUAAAGACAUAAAUCUGGUCUGUAGGUUUGUAUGGAGGGCAGACAGCAGCUACAGACGCUCAGCAUUAACCAUCAUCACAGAGCUGCGUGGGUCCGACUGCGGUCGAGUCUGAACCUAAUUAUCAGGUCUGAGCUCAGUCUGUUCUCCUCAGACCAGCAGCAGCAGCAGCAGCUCAGAGUCACUUCCAGAAACACAAACCAGCAGCUGGUGGAUCAUUUAACCGACGUCCUGCCUCGUUUGAGUGUUUCUGCAGGAACGGUUCCAGGAGCCGAGCGCCUGAGACAGGAGAGUAAAUCCUCCGAGAGAAACCACAGGAAGGAGGAAUCAGGAGAAGGACAACUCUGUUUCCUGUUUGUCAGACUUUAGAUCUUAAAAAAGGUUUAACUCUGUCAGAGCCGCUCGAACCAACGACCACAGCGAGUUUAAUUAAGGUAAAAAAGAGAAUCAGCAAGAUUACAGUGAGUGUAACCGACUGAGACAGAGUCAAAGUUUGUGACGUAAAUUAAGUUCAAGUAAGAAUAAGUUAGGUUAAAGUUAAAGUUAGUGAUGUUAAAGUUAUAGUUAGUGAUGUUAAAGUUAAAGUUAGUGAUGUUAAAGUUAAAGUUAGUGAUAUUAAAGUUAUAGUUAGUGAUGUUAAAGUUAAAGUUAGUGAUGUUAAAGUUAAAGUUAGUGAUGUUAAAGUUAUAGUUAGUGAUGUUAAAGUUAAAGUUAGUGAUGUUAAAGUUAAAGUUAGUGAUGUUAAAGUUAAAGUUAGUGAUGUUAAAGUUAAAGUUAGUGAUAUUAAAGUUAUAGUUAGUGAUGUUAAAGUUAAAGUUAGUGAUGUUAAAGUUAAAGUUAGUGAUGUUAAAGUUAUAGUUAGUGAUGUUAAAGUUAAAGUUAGUGAUGUUAAAGUUAAAGUUAGUGAUGUUAAAGUUAUAGUUAGUGAAGUUAAAGUUAUAGUUAGUGAUGUUAAAGUUAAAGUUAGUGAUGUUAAAGUUAAAGUUAGUGAUGUUAAAGUUAUAGUUAGUGAUGUUAAAGUUAAAGUUAGUGAUAUUAAAGUUAUAGUUAGUGAUGUUAAAGUUAUAGUUAGUGAUGUUAAAGUUAUAGUUAGUGAUAUUAAAGUUAUAGUUAGUGAUGUUAAAGUUAUAGUUAGUGAUGUUAAAGUUAUAGUUAGUGAUGUUAAAGUUAUAGUUAGUGAUGUUAAAGUUAAAGUUAGUGAUAUUAAAGUUAUAGUUAGUGAUGUUAAAGUUAAAGUUAGUGAUGUUAAAGUUAUAGUUAGUGAUGUUAAAGUUAAAGUUAGUGAUAUUAAAGUUAUAGUUAGUGAUGUUAAAGUUAUAGUUAGUGAUGUUAAAGUUAAAGUUAGUGAUAUUAAAGUUAUAGUUAGUGAUGUUAAAGUUAAAGUUAGUGAUGUUAAAGUUAAAGUUAGUGAUGUUAAAGUUAUAGUUAGUGAAGUUAAAGUUAAAGUUAGGGGUGUUAAAGUUAAAGUUAGUGAUGUUAAAGUUAUAGUUAGUGAUGUUAAAGUUAUAGUUAGUGAUGUUAAAUUUAGUGAGGUUAAAGUUAUAGUUAGUGAUGUUAAAGUUAGGGGUGUUAAAGUUAAAGUUAGUGAUGUUAAAGUUAAAGUUAGUGAUUUUAAAGUUAUAGUUAGUGAUGUUAAAGUUAAAGUUAGUGAUGUUAAAGUUAGGUGUGUUAAAGUUAAAGUUAGUGAUGUUAAAGUUAAAGUUAGUGAUGUUAAAGUUAAAGUUAGUGAUGUUAAAGUUAGUGAUGUUAAAGUUAGGGGUGUUAAAGUUAAAGUUAGUGAUGUUAAAGUUAAAGUUAGUGAUGUUAAAGUUAGUGAUGUUAAAGUUAUAGUUAGUGAUGUUAAAGUAAAAGUUAGUGAUGUUAAAGUUAUAGUUAGUGAUGUUAAAGUUAUAGUUAGUGAUGUUAAAGUUAUAGUUAGUGAUGUUAAAGUUAGUGAUGUUAAAGUUAAAGUUAGUGAUGUUAAAGUUAGUGAUGUUAAAGUUAGGGGUGUUAAAGUUAAAGUUAGUGAUGUUAAAGUUAAAGUUAGUGAUGUUAAAGUUAGUGAUGUUAAAGUUAAAGUUAGUGAUGUUAAAGUAAAAGUUAGUGAUGUUAAAGUUAGGGGUGUUAAAGUUAAAGUUAGUGAUGUUAAAGUUAUAGUUAGUGGUGUUAAAGUUAAAGUUAGUGAUGUUAAAGUUAUAGCUAGUGAUGUUAAAGUUAUAGUUAGUGAUGUUAAAGUUAGGGGUGUUAAAGUUAAAGUUAGUGAUGUUCCUCAGAGCUUUAGUCCUCACGUCCAUCUCAGUCUAACAAACACAUUCUCCUCCUCCUCCUCCUCCUCCUCCUCCUCCUCCUCCUCCUCCUCCUCCUCCUCCUCCUCCUCCUCUCUCGGCUCCUGUUGUUUCCCCACUUUGAUCCUGAACCCCCCCUCAAGUUGGGGUCACGUUGAUUAACCCCUUGUUUACUGCAGAGGUCUCUGGUUUGAAGUGAAAUGGAGGGUGAAAGCAGUUCCUGCCUGACAGUGUGGAUCAGUGGGGGAGAAGUCAGCUGCAUGCUGGGAAGUUUUUUUGGAGAGAGAGAGAGAGAGAGAGAGAGGUUUAAAGAUGGAGGAGACAGUGGAGGGAGAGAGGAGCUAUCUACAGAUUUAAAGGUUAGAGGGACAGAGGAGGACAGAGGAGGACAGAGGAGGACAGUCUUCAGGUGUUUGUCUCCAUCUUUGGUUUCCAGCAACUCUGUUCAGUCUGACUUUAUAAUUCAUUUAUUUCUCUGUUUGUUUUAUUGAACAAUUACAUUUAUUUUCAUGUUUGUUUUUCUUUGUUCAGAUAUUUUGUUUGUUUGUUUGUUUACAGUCUGGUUUUUCCGUUGUUUUUUUUCAAACGUUUGUUUGUUUAUUUAAAUGUUUGUUUGUUUCCUGGCCCCGCCCUCAUUUUUCUGACGUGGUCUUCUCCCCGUAGAUCGUAGAAACACGUCUGUGGAGGACGAUGAAGGUCAGCGCCAUUUGAAUGAGAAACGCUUCAUCCUGCACUUCCUGUUUAAACACUGCUGAUCCAAGAUGGCGGUAGCUGGCGUGUGGUCGUUGUUGCUGCUGGUGGCGUUGGCGUGCGUCUGCUGGGGAAGUCUGGUGGUGGUGAACUCGGGUGUGAAGGUCUCCAGAGGUGGAUGGGUGUUUGUGACGGAGCAGGAGCUGAGGAUCGGCGUGGGCGAGGGCGAGGACUGUAAGGUGGAGGUGGUGAUGAACGAGCCGGUCACACAGAGAGUGGGCAGACUGACCCCACAGGUGAGGACACACACCUGCGCCCACAGAGAGAGAGCUCCUCUGUGAUUGGCUGAGAGAUGAUCUGCUCUGUCUGCAGGUGUUCGACUGCAGCUUCAUGGACGACGAGGUCAAAUACGUCCACAGCGGGAGUCCUCUGCUGGAGCAGGACGCCGUGAUGCUCCGAGUCUACAGGUGAGUCCGUCACAGCCUCCCAGGUGAGAGCAGAUCUAGGUGACGUAGAUCUAUCACAGCCUCACAGGUGAGAGCAGAUCUAGGUGACGUAGAUCUGUCACAGCCUCCCAGGUGAGAGCAGAUCUAGGUGACGUAGAUCUGUCACAGCCCCACAGGGUCAGUUACAGUCCAGGACGCAGUCAUGUGACCCAGCAGCUGAAAAAACACACUUCAGACACUCGGGUGGAGACGGCGGUCCUGACUCCGCCCACUCUCUAAAACUGUAUUUGUGUGCAGGUUUACCUCCUCAGACACUCGGGUGGAGACGGCGGUCCUGUCAGUCCAGGUGGUGGACUCGGGUCAGGGUGUGGUGGAGCUGGGCGGCGCCCCGCUGGUCGUCCCUCAGUUUUUUGGUCUAUCGAACGCCAUCGACAGCUCCGUCCUGAACAUCCGCAGGUCCACAGGUGACGUGGUCUGCACCGUCAGGCUAAUGAACUCCGACACUGGCGUCCCCGCUCUGGGUCAGCUGGUGAGGGAGAAGGACGCCACCCAGAGGAAGGGUACAGACCGCCGCCGACCACACACGCCAAAACACUUCACAGACAAGAGGGAGUGUGUUCACCUGGAUGAAGUUCUCUCUCUCUCUCUCCCUCCACCCCCCACAGGCAGGGAGACGGCGGCGGCGGCGGCGGCGGCGCUCUGUCCCGGGAACAAACCCUGUCUCCAGAACACGGAUCAGGUCCAGUUCCUGAAAACCAGCUGUCAGGACUUCCUGAGCUCCGGUCUGAAGUACCAACACCUGAGUCCUCCGUCCCCUGAGAUCGACUACAUCCCCAUCAGGGUGGAGCUGAGAGAGAAGACCACCCGGCUGCUGAUGGAGGUACAGACGUGUGAGGGUGGGGGGGUGGAGGAGAGAGUCUGUUAGAGGAGGAGCUUUUAUUGUGAAGGAACUUUUAUUGUGGAGGAGCUUUUAUUGUGGAGGAACUUUUAUUGUGGAGGAACUCUUAUUGUGAAGGAGAGCGUCUGAAGGGGUCGGCGAUGAUCUGCAGCUUCACACACAGACGAUGUGUUGAAGGUUUCCAGGCGAUCCGAGCGUCUGAGGUUUGUUGGCAGUCAGAAGGUGACAUCCCGCUCUCUCGCUCUUUUGGCGGCUCUGAGGAUGAAGAACAGGAAGUUUUAGAAGGUUAAAAAAAUCUUGGUUUCCCACCUUGUUAACAGGAAAAACGCUCGCCAUUUUUGACACGUGAAGAGUUUGUCUUCGCCGCUCAGACCUGUCAUUUCUAACACGUCUGAUUGUUCGGGGCAGCUCUCUCUCUCGCUCUCUCUCGCUCUCUCGCUCGCUCGCUCUCUCUCUCGCUCUCUUGCUUACUCUGUAACACCACAUGUGACAGUGAGGUUGUGCUGGCAGGUGUUGAUUUCGGCGUGUCAAAUAUUGAUGUUUCCUGCGUGCUCUGAGCAGAUCUGAAGCGUUUGGUUGGAGCCGUGUAGAAACAGAGAUCGUCUCACAGUUCGACCGUUUCACUGCGACUAAAAAUCGAUGUGUGUGAAUUCUAAAAUGUAUUCAGGGUCACAUGUGCGAAUAAAAAAAUCAACAAAUGUUUUUUUCCUGUAAAUACGGCGGUGAAGUUAGUUUCAGGUUGGAUAUAUUUUCCUGUAAAUACGGCGGUGAAGUUAGUUUCAGGUUGGAUAUAUUUUCCUGUAAAUACUGCGGUGAAGUUAGUUUCAGGUUGGAUAUAUUUUCCUGUAAAUACGGCGGUGAAGUUAGUUUUAGGUUGGAUAUAUUUUCCUGUAAAUACGGCGGUGAAGUUAGUUUUAGGUUGGAUAUAUUUUCCUGUAAAUACGGAGGUGAAGUUAGUUUCAGGUUGGAUCUAUUUUCCUGUAAAUACGGCGGUGAAGUUAGUUUCAGGUUGGAUCUAUUUUCCUGUAAAUACGGCGGUGAAGUUAGUUUCAGGUUGGAUAUAUUUUCCUGUAAAUAUGGCGGUGAAGUUAGUUUCAGGUUGGAUAUAUUUUCCUGUAAAUACGGCGGUGAAGUUAGUUUUAGGUUGGAUAUAUUUUCCUGUAAAUACUGCGGUGAAGUUAGUUUUAGGUUGGAUAUAUUUUCCUGUAAAUACGGCGGUGAAGUUAGUUUCAGGUUGGAUAUAUUUUCCUGUAAAUACGGCGGUGAAGUUAGUUUCAGGUUGGAUGUAUUUUCCUGUAAAUACGGCGGUGAAGUUAGUUUUAGGUUGUAUAUAUUUUCCUGUAAAUACGGCGGUGAAGUUAGUUUCAGGUUGGAUAUAUUUUCCUGUAAAUACGGCGGUGAAGUUAGUUUUAGGUUGGAUAUAUUUUCCUGUAAAUACGGCGGUGAAGUUAGUUUUAGGUUGGAUAUAUUUUCCUGUAAAUACGGCGGUGAAGUUAGUUUCAGGUUGGAUAUAUUUUCCUGUAAAUACGGCGGUGAAGUUAGUUUCAGGUUGGAUAUCUGACGGACAUUCUCUGAGGAUCUACCAGUGUCUUCUCACUCUCCAUAACCAGGAAUAACAACAGCAGCGCGGUUAAAUCUACUCGACACCCUCACUGUCAACAUCGGUGUUGAAUAAGGGACCGUCAAUAAAUUACCGGUUGAUGUUCUCAGAAAAGGCUGUUUUCCUUCAAUAGCUUCACUGUCAUGUGACCAAAAGACCUAAAAUUGAUUUCUAAUAAUAGUACUAAGGUCGAUCAAUAAGACAAACAUUAUUGAUCAGUUUUCAUUGAUCCCUAAAGUUUUUUUGUGCUCCUUACUUUUUUUAAUUUAGGAGAACAAAGUUGGUGUCGAUCCCUGACUCAGCGACUCUCUCCUCCCCCUCCUCAGGCUCAGUCCAUCUGGUUACCAGUUCUGAUCCACGGGGCGAUGCAGAACCAGCCGCCACAGGCCGCCUUCAUGGCGUCUUUUAUUCUGGAGGUGGACCAGUUCAUCCUGACCCCGCUCACCACCGCUGCCCUGGACGCCAAAGACCCCGAGACGCCGCAGGAGAAGCUGGUCUUCAAGGUGACCUCUCCACCUGCAGAGGGCUACAUCACCCAUCUGGAUGACCACACCAAGCCCGUCACAUCUUUCACCUGGACGGACCUGAACGAGAUGAAGGUGGCCUACCAGCCACCCAACAGCAGCCAAUCACAGCGCAGGAACUAUGAGGUACGACCAGAGAUGACGGGAACCCUGAUUCACUGUAGGCUGCAGAAAUCCUUCGGAGUCGAUGAUUGGACAGUAGAAGCUGAACCAGCUGAGCUGUCAGCCUAUCAGGACUGGAGUUAAGAUCAGCUGAUCAAAUGUGGGCGGGGCUUGACUUUAGUGCCCCGCCCUUCACUCACACACCUGUCCACCUGUCUUAUUGAUUAUCCUGGUUAGGCGUUUGAAGCUAAACUGACGAUCAAUCAUCUGCUCAUUAUUGAUUUGAAGGUGGAGUUCCAGGUGAUAGACGGCUCCUUUAUGACCAGCCCACCCAUCAUGGUCCACGUCUCCAUCAGGGCGGCCGAAACAAACGCACCCAGAGUCUCCUGGAACAUGGGUACGAACACAGGAACUGACUCUCUCUGAUCCUGACGGUCCUGCUGUGGAUCUUGUUCUCUCUGAUCCUGACGGUCCUGCUGUGGAUCUUGUUCUCUCUGAUCCUGACGGUCCUGCUGUGGAUCUUGCUCUCUGGUAAACUCUCUGUGUCGUCUCUGUGUCAGGUCUGGACCUGUUGGAGGGUCAGUCUCGACCAAUCACGUGGGAGCAGCUGCAGAUCGUUGACAAUGACAACAUCGGCGCCGUGUUUCUGGUGGCUGUGGACGGACCUCUGCAUGGACGUCUCAGUGUCAGAGGUGAGGUCAGAGGUCAGAGCGCUAACUUCACCUGUUGGUCACCUGAUGUUCACAGCUGCUUUUGAUCCAGGUGUGAAUUCUCCGUUUUAAAGGGAUAUUCUGUCAAACACCGAGUUAGACCCCCCCCCCUCCAGAGAUGAAUGUUGUCGACCGCUUCCUUCUCUAGUUAUACCAACUUUAGUAACGACAGCAGGAUAGAAAUACAGAGAGACACGCCCCCAACCAAAACGCCACUCUAUAGCCACAGAUAAUGCUCAGAACAGCACCUAACUUCAUCCACAGGUCACUCAGUCAUGUUCAUAUCAGUAUCAGUGUCUUUAAAAAAGUGAGUCAACCUCAGAAUUCUUGAAUUAAAUCAUAUUUUAAUGAACACAGAUGUGUUUAGGACACUUUUUGUUUCUGAGAAAGAAAAUUUGAAAAGUCGUUAAAUUUGAUGAAAUUUUACAGAAAGUCGAGAAAUCGAAUAUUUCAGAGAAAAUCGGUGUCGACAUCUUUCUUCUCAAACUCAGAAAUUUUCUGUAGAAACGAAGAAAAACUGUCAACUUUCCUGAGAAUCAUCAAUAUUUAGUCUCAUAUCCACCGUUUCUGAUCACGGGUUCACACCUGUGUCACACGGACUCCACCCUCUCCUGUCACCUGUCCACAGGUAUUUCAGCCGGGACAGUCGCACUAACCUCCACAGUUCCUCUGCAGGUCUUGGUUUUGACUCAUAAACAGAAUUUACCAGUUUUCUCUGGAUGAAGGUCCGAGGAUCUUACAUGAUCUCUGUUUCUCUGGACCCGUGGUUUCACUCGCUGGUGUGUUUGGGGUCAUUGUCUCGUUGAAACGUCCGUUUUAAGGUCAUGUCCUCUUCAACAUACGACAACAUGACUUCAUUAGCCUUCAGACUCUAAAAGCGUUUAAGUGUUUUUACAUGUUUCUAAAUCAUGACGGAUAUUUAGAGGAAAUAUUGAAGAGCAGAAACAUAAACAGGAAGUCUGAAAUCUGACCUGUUGUCAUGGAGACGGUAACCUGUGAAGGAAGUUAAAAGGAAGUUUUUCAAAGUAAAAGCCUCCUGUCAGCGUUGAUUCCUCUGUCCUGGUCCUCUGUGGACUUCCUGUACGCUCCUGUAAUCCCGCGCUGGUAUUCCCGCUCACUCCGCCCUGGGAGUCCUUAGAGACGGCGGUCUGGCCUUUUCCGCCCUUUUUGCUCCAUGUGUUGGCGUCCGCCGGGGACCGCCGUGUGGCUGGGGAAGAAGCAUAUGUCUAGUGGCCCUGCAUGUGUUUCCUAAUCAGGUGUAAAAUGGGGCCGCGGCCACCUCGCCAGGGGCCGUGGCGGUGCGAGGCUGCCGCUGCCGCGCCCCUCCUCCUCCCCCCUCUGCGUCCACGUCUGUCCCUUCCAGCCCAGCGCGUCGGGAGUUCGCCUCUUUGUCUCGAGCGGGGACGAGAGGGACGAGCAGAUUGAAGGGACUUAUGCCAUUUCAUGCCAUCCUGCACAAGGAGCAGAUGUACUGUCCCCAAACAGGUCCUCAUGCUACCAGCUGAGGGGGGUGGGGGGCGAGGGGGGAGGAGCCUCGGGGGGGUUCAGGCUCAGAGUGAAGCUUUCAUUUCUGCAGUAGAGGAACAGACAGGAGGAGAACGUGGAGAUAUCAGGGCGCUGCUCUCAGCUGGUUUCAGUCUUUUAGAGCGAACCCUCGCUGUCGCCAUCGGCAACCGCACCUCCUCUACUGUCGCCUGUGGUGUACCGCAGGGUUCAGUUUUAGGUCCAGUUUUAUUUUCCGUCUACAUGCUGCACCAAGUCUCCUCUCACUGCUACACAGACGACACACAGAUAAACCGAGCCGCUGUCAGCGACGGUCGAAGUGACGGGAACGAAAAUCUGAGAUAAUUCUCUGUAACAGAGGAAACUCAUUCAGUCUCCGCCCACAUUCAGGAAUCAUCAAACCAAGAAACCUGGGAGGAACCUUUGAUUCUGACCUCACCUUCUCCACCUUCUCCACCUUCUCCACCCAUGCCAACAAGAUGGUCCAGUCCUGUUUCCUUCACCUGCGCUCCAUCUCAAAGAUUAAACAGAUCCUCCCUCCUCAGACCAGUCCAGGACGCAGCAGCUUUUAACUUUUAACUGGUUUUAGUCGACGGCGUCACAUCACUCCAGUUUUAUCCUCCCUUCACCGACUUCCUGUCAGUUUGAGAAUUGAUUUGAAGAUUUUAUUGAUCACUUUUAAAGCUCUCAAAGGACUCUCUCCGAGCUUCAUUUCAGAGCUUUUACGACCUUCUGAGUAAAACUCUCAGAUCCUCUGGUGAAGGCCUCCUGGUCGUUCCAAAGUCUCUAAACUGAAGCUGAUCGAUCUUUGUCCAUCAGAGCUCCUCGACUUUGGAACGACCUUCAGAGGAGAGAAGGAGAACAGCAGAGACAGACGCUUCUUUAAAAACUCACUUUUACAGACUUUAUGAGAGGACGUCUUUUACCUCUUUUCUCUCCGGUCUUAUUUCAACUUCCUGUCUUUUUAGUCUUUGUUUUAUUUAUAAUCUUUUCUUAUUUUACCUUUUAGGCCUUUUAUUGAUUUUAUUGUGUUUUUUCUGCUUAUUUUCAUUAUUCCAUUUUAUCAUUAAUAUUACCAUCAUUAUUAUUUUAUAAUGAUUUUAUUAUCAUUAUUAAUAUCCUCUUUCAUAUUUACUAUCCUGUUUCCUCCUCUUUUAUUACAUUUCUUCUUCUUCUUCUUCUUCUUCUUCUUCUUCCCAGUUUCAUGUUUUUAUUGUGGUCUCAGUUUAUGUUCUUGAAAUGUUUGUGUUUCUUAUAACCAACGAAAUCGUCCUUCAGAUCAGACGACUUGUUUUUAACUGAGCUUUACCACCUCAACCUGUGUCCACAGGGGGGCGCCAAACUCAGCACACACUGACUGACAGGAGCUUUAAUAACCCGGUCAGAACCAGGAGAGUCCAGUCCACAACAACUCACUCAACAUUUACACUGUUUACACACACACUCACACACACACACACACACACACACACACACACACACACACACACACACACAUACACACACACUCAGCCUGUAUCAGUUUGUUCUGGUUGAAACUUUGGUCCCACUGGGCCGGUUUCUGGUUCCUGGUGUUGGACAGCAGCACCUGCUCGCUCUGUUUUAUCUGCUGCAGUUUGGACACACACACACGCACACACACACACACACACACACACACACACACACACACACACACACACACACACACAUAUCUAAGGCCUGUAGGAGCCCGUUAGCAGCUCCUCGUCUCUGAGGAGAACGCCGCUGACCCUCUUCGCUGUAACUCGGGGCGAGGCGCUGCAGCGUGGGGACAGUCACCGCAGGCUCGGUCCAACGCCUUCAGCCAAAUGGAUGUCUGCCUGUCCCAGUGCACGCACACACACACACUCACACACACACACACACACACACUCACACUCACACUCGGCCCGCCCGUCCCAUCGCUCCCUUUAUGGGCCUGUUGCCCAACGCCACCUUUGGGCCCAAUUACUGAGCGGUUUCCGUGGGUUGGACGAGUUUCCGGCGUCUCUCGGUAAAGUUGCUAAUGAGGUUCGGGUUGGCGACCGCUCGUCUCUCAAUCUGUCAGCUGACCUUGCCCUUCUGUCUCUCUGGCAGCGUACGGGGAGACAGGAAGCCCCAUCCUGGCAACCAGGCGGCCACCGGGAAAGACGCCAUGUUUUACCCCACCGGUGUUCACAGCACAAACGUAGCCAGAGCGGCGUGGAGCGGUGCGGCGCGGUGCCUUCAGGCGCUGAGAGAAACUUGUUAUUUCCAAGUGACAAAGAGAGAAAAACACGUGCAUGUGUGGGAGACGGUAAUUGAAUCAAAGAGCGAAUCUCUGGCUGCGAACUGAACCCGCUCCUCUGACAACAACACAUGUCCGCCAGUCGACCGCCAGUCAUGUGACGCUGUGCUGUUAGCGUUAGCAUGAUGUAGGUUUGAUGAGGAGCGGCCAGCAGCCGAGCGCCGACAGAUGGACACGCCAACGUUUCAUUAAUGUAGGACAGAAAAGUUUCUCAUGUUCGUCCAACUGCCGCACUCCUCGCCGUCCUCCUCGCCGUCCUCCUCGCCGUCCUCCUCGCCGCAGAGAUCAGCGAUGAAAAUCUGAAGAUUCACUUUGAAACAAAAACACCUUCAGAAGUUUGAGUCGAUAUUUCUGCUUCAAUUAUUUUCAUCUGCAGACGGAGAUCAAUCGAUCAGCUGAUCAAUCACUAAUAUUGAUCAGAUCGUUAAUUCAUGUGUUCAUAAAGAUGAUAAUCAAUAACAAUGAUUUUUGGGUUUUUGUCCAUUUUUUCUUUUUGUCCUCAGGUGGGCGGGCCUUCAUGUUUCGUGUGCGUGACCUAAAGGAGGGCGUGGUCGUCUACCAUCACUCGGACAGUGACACCACCCGCGACCACAUCCUCUUCCGUAUUAGUGACGGCCGGCACAGCAUCCGCCACAAGUUUCCCAUCAACAUCCUGCCCAAAGACGACUCGCCGCCAUUUCUCAUCAACAACGUGGCGGUGGAGGUGCAGGAGGGCGGAGCCGUGCGGUUGGAGGAGUACAUGCUGUUGGCCUCUGACCUGGACUCCAGCGAUGACUACAUCCUCUACCAGAUGGAGCGCAAACCUCGGGCGGGGCAACUGGUCAGGAAGAGCUCCGCCCAAGAGACAGGUGACCACAUGAUCAGAGAAAAACCUCCACAGAGGGUCGGCGGGGGGCGUGUCUGAUCUAAGUCACAGGGGAGGAGCUAAAAUCAGUAUCAGGGCUGUUUAAAUAAAGUUUAACAUUCAAACUGGGAAGAUACGAUGACGGAGUAAAACGGCCGUAAAUUAAGACUUUGUAAUUAUGAACGAGAAUAAAGUCGAAAUAAUCUUGUCAAUGACGAUUUUAUUACGACUUUAUUACGAUUUUAUUACGACUUUAUUACGAUUUUAUUACGACUUUAUUACGACUUUAUUACGACUUUAUUAAAGAUUUUAAUCCUGAAGUCUGAUUUCCUUUUCGUACCGUGACCCUGAUACUCCGCCGUCGGUCACAGACAAACUUAGAUUAGUAGAGUCCGGAUUAUCAAAGACCUGCUCACAUCAGAAGAAAGUCCUGGUGGUUCAGGAGCAGCAGCCUGACCCAAAACCAGGAUCAUGGAUCAGGAUCAUGUUCUUCUGAACCACCUUCAUGAAAGCUUUGGACCCAAACUUCAGGACUCUGAACUUAAAACUCUCUGAGACGAGUUUGUGUCAAAGUUCUUCACACCGAACAUGAGCAGAUGGAAAAUGACCCUCAUGGUUCAUAAAGUCAGUCUUCAAGUUUCAGAUCCUGGGACCAGGUCUGUUUGUGGUCUCCACAGUCCAGGUUAUCUGCUGAUGUUUGUGUCCCUGCAGGAGCUCCAGUGGACAGUUUUCUGCAGAGAGACCUGGUCCAGGGUCAGAUCUUCUACCAGCACUCAGGAGACGAGAUCUUUGAGGACUCCUUCGAGUUCAGCCUGUCAGACAGUAACCAGCCGCCCAACCUCUCCCAGACAUACGUGAGUCACACCAACCAACUACUGCUCCUCGCCGUUUACAGAAGAUGAUGGUCCACGUCUUUAACCUUCUGUCUCUCUCUUUGUCCCGGCGGUCUUCAGAUGGUCGUGGUCCACAUCUUUCCAGUGAAGGACCAGCUUCCUGUUGAGGUGGUGGGCAGCGUUCGCUCUCUGAGGGUGAAGGAGACGGAGGUCGUUUACAUCACUCAGGCUCAGCUUCACUUCACGGACAGAGAGCGCCCUGACACCGACCUGAGCUACAUCAUCACCACGCCCUGUUUCAGCCCAGUGCAUCCUGGGUAAGUGCAGACAGGACUCUUUACUAAAAACUCCUCUGGACCUUCGUGAUCCACACUUUGGUUCUUCUUCUUCUCAGGCUGAUGGACGCAGGACGUUUGUUUUACACGGACAGCGCCAACGCCAUGAAGAAGGACCACAUGGUUCCCGUGUUAAAGUCCUUCACACAGGUCUGACCCAGGUGUCACACUGAACACAGGUUUCUGGUUGGUCCUGAUGGUCUUCCUGUUGCUGACGUCCUCCAAUCACCUCUCUCCCCCCAGCAUGCAGUGAAUCACAUGAAAGUCGCCUUCAUGCCUCCUGUCGAGGACAUCGGUCCUGAGCCGUUAUUCGUCCAGUUCGUCUUCUCUGUCAGCGACCACCAUGGCGGCACCAUCAGUGACCUCGUCUUUAACAUCACCAUCACUCCUGUGGACGACCAGGCACCAGAGGUCAGAGGUCAACUGGGCAGAGCUCCUGGUUUGAUGGUCGUGAUAUUCUCCUGGUCCUCACUGACUGUCUGUGGUUUUCAGGUGUUCACUAACCUGCUGCGGGUGGAGGAAGGGGGAGGGGCCUUUGUGACAGAGGAGCACCUCCUGGUCCGGGACCGAGACAGCCUGGAGGAGGCGCUGAGGGUCGAGGUAUGCAGGACAGCUCGCCACGGCCGCCUAGAGCUGCAGGGGAGGACGCUGUCGCAGGGAGACGGGUUCAGCCUGCAGGACCUGAGAGGACUGCGGCUCAGGUGAGACGGGUCUGACGGGCCGAGGGGGCGCCAGGCACUACACCGCAGCAGACAACUACAGUAAACUACAACAAACUACAGUAAACAACAACAAACUACAAUAAACUACAGUAAACUACAAUAAACUACAGUAAACUACAAUAAACUACAGUAAACAACAACAAACUACAGUAAACAACAACAAUCUACAGUAAACAACAACAAACUACAGUAAACAACAACAAUCUACAGUAAACAACAACAAACUACAGUAAACAACAACAAUCUACAGUAAACAACAACAGUAAACAACUACAAACUAAAGUAAACAACAACAAACUACAGUAAACAAUUACAGUAAACAACAACAAUCUACAGUAAACAACAACAAUCUACAGUAAACAACAACAAACUACAAUAAACUACAGUAAACUACAAUAAACUACAGUAAACUACAAUAAACUACAGUAAACAACAACAAUCUACAGUAAACAACAACAAACUACAGUAAACAACAACAAUCUACAGUAAACAACAACAAACUACAGUAAACAACAACAAUCUACAGUAAACAACAACAAACUACAGUAAACAACAACAAUCUACAGUAAACAACAACAGUAAACAACUACAAACUACAGUAAACAACAACAAACUACAGUAAACAAUUACAGUAAACAACAACAAUCUACAGUAAACAACAACAAUCUACAGUAAACAACAACAAACUACAGUAUACAACAACAAUCUACAGUUAACAACAACAAUCUACAGUAAACAACAACAAACUACAGUAAACAACUACAGUAAACAACAACAAACUACAGUAAACAACAACAAACUACAGUAAACAAUUACAGUAAACAACAAUAAACUACAGUAAACAACAACAAUCUACAGUAAACAACAACAAACUACAGUAAACAAUUACAGUAAACAACAACAAUCUACAGUAAACAACUACAAACUACAGUAAACAAUUACAGUAAACAACAAUCUACAGUAAACAACAACAAACUACAGUAAACAACAACAAUCUACAGUAAACAACAACAAACUACAGUAAACAACAACAAUCUACAGUAAACAACAACAAACUACAGUAAACAAUUACAGUAAACAACAACAAACUACAGUAAACUACAAUAAACUACAGUAAACAACUACAAACUACAGUAAACAACAACAAACUACAGUAAACAACAACAAUCUACAGUAAACAACAACAAACUACAGUAAACAAUUACAGUAAACAACAACAAACUACAGUAAACAACAACAAUCUACAGUAAACAACAACAAACUACAGUAAACAACAACAAUCUACAGUAAACAACAACUAUCUACAGUAAACAACAAUAAACUACAGUCAACAACAACAAACUACAGUAAACAAUUACAGUAAACAACAACAAUCUACAGUAAACAACAACAAACUACAGUAAACAACAACAAUCUACAGUAAACAACAAACUACAGUAAACUACAACAAACUACAGUAAACAACAACAAUCUACAGUAAACAACAACAAACUACAGUAAACUACAAUAAACUACAGUAAACAACAAACAACAGUAAAGUUGAAGGAACAAUAGAAAAGAACAACAGAAGAAUGAAGAACGUUCACAAAACAAUCAACAGUAUUCAGUUUCGGUCGAUAAUCGACGUCCUAAGAAACAGAAAUUGAACCAAAAAUGGAUUUAAAUAAAAGACAAAUUCUAAAAACAGAAGAAGACAAAAGUUCCUGCAGACCUGUUUCCCUCAGCACCAGCAACAUCGGUCCCUCAGUCCUCUAUGGUCCCUCUGUGGUCCUUUAGUCCCCUGUGGUCCCUUUCUGGUCCCUUAGUCCCCUGUGGUCCCUUUGUGGUCCCUCUGUGGUCACUCUGUCCCUCUAUGGUCCCUCUGUAGCCCCUCUGUGGUCCCUCUGUGGUCCCUCAGUCCUCUGUGGUCCCUCUGUGGUCCCUCAGUCCUCUGUGGUCCCUCUGUGGCCCCUCUGUGGUCUCUCUGUGGUCCCUCUGUGGUCCCUCAGUCCUCUGUGGUCCCUCUGUGGUCCCUCAGUCCUCUGUGUUCCCUCUGUGGCCCCUCUGUGGUCUCUCUGUGGUCCCUCUGUGGUCCCUCUGUGGUCCCUCUGUGGUCCCUCUGUGGCCCCUCUGUGGCCCCUCUGUGGUCCCUAAGUUCUCUGUGGUCCCUCUGUGGUCCCUAAGUUCUCUGUGGUCCCUCUGUGGUCCCUUAGUCCUCUGUGGUCCCUCUGUGGUCCCUUAGUCCUCUGUGGUCCCUCUGUGGUCCCUCUGUGGUCCUUUAGUCCUCUUUGUUUCCUCUGUCAUCCCUUUGUGGUCCCUCUGUGGCCCCUCUGUGGCCCCUCUGUGGUCCCUAAGUCCUCUGUGGUCCCUCUGUGGUCCCUCUGUGGUCCCUCUGUGGUCCCUCAGUCCUCUGUGGUCCCUCUGUGGUCCCUCUGUGGUCCCUCUGUGGUCCCUCUGUCAAACAAACUUUAGUUCCUCUGUAUUUCAGGUACAUCCACGAUGACUCUGAGACGACCGAGGAUGAAGUUGGUCUGAAGGUGACGGACGGUCUGAACUCAGCUGAUGUCCUUCUUCUCAUACAGGUGAGCAACCAGUAAUCUACAGGUAAACCCAUGAGACUGAUACCUGAGACGGAGUCAACCUGAUUGGACAGCAGCUGUUCCAGAGAACUUCCUGUCCCUGAUCAGGACUGCUGUGGUCUCAGGUGCUGCCCAUGAACGAUGAGCCUCCACAGCUGGGCGGGGAUCUCCUGGGGGGCCUGAGCUGUGAGGAGGGAGGGCGGGUCCAGGUGACAGUGGACUACCUGUCCGCCACUGACCGGGACAGCGAGGACUCAAGACUGACCUACAUGCUGGCUCGAAGUCCAGGAAGAGGGGAGCUGCAGAGAGCUGGACUCAGCGUGGACAAGUUCUCCCAACAGGACCUGCUGCAGGGACAGGUGUACUACGUCCACACAGGUGAGACCGGGUCAGAGCCGCGGGUCUGAGUCCUCAUGUUGGCGUGGACUCUGGAUCUGCUAACAGCUGAGUUUGUUCCUGCAGGAGGAGAGAUCGGACCUGAUCCGGUUUUAGACACGGUCACUCUCAUCAUCUCUGACGGGGAGGCUGGAGGGACUGAGAGCUGUUGCCAUGGAGAUGCCCCGCCCCCUCCUGUACCUCUGCACGGCAGUCUACCUGUGUACGACCUGAACAUCACCAUCCUGCCCGUCAACAGCCAGGUGCCCUCGGUCUCUUUGGGUAAGACUGUCUCCAUCCUGACCCCCGACCUCCACCUUCAUCCUGAUGGUCUCCUAAAAGGUCGUAUCCUCCGAUCGUAGCUGAUCGUAACCAUUCAAGUUAACGUGUCAAUUUACACCGACUUCUUUCCGUUCCUCUGAGGAUCGCCGGACUCCUCAGCUGAUCACAAGAGUUCUAGUUUUUCUGGACGCCGGAGCAUGGCGGAUAAAUUCAGCACAGAUUAACCCGUGCUGGAAAGGAAGUCGGGCACAGACACAAAAUAAAACAUCCGACUUCUUUUCAAAAUAAAACACUCCGUGUUUCAGGAGGAUCGUAUUUCACACCAUGCAAACGGGCGGAGACGAACAAGUGAAAGGUUUUUAGACGUCAUUUCACCCCGAUGACACCAUGGAUGAGGAGAUGCUGAUUCUAGAAGUCUAGAAGUAGAUUUCCAGGACCGGAUGGUCCUGAUCAUUUCUGCAGGUCAAAUCCUCGAGUCUGUUUGACCUGAAAAUGAACGUUUCAUCUAAAAAAAACCUGGAAGUCUUAAAUUUGUCUCCUUUUGUGUGUGUGUGUGUGUGUGUGUGUGUGUCUGUGUGUGUGUGUGUGUGUGUGUGUGUGUGUGUAUGUGUUCACUCUCUGAAAUCCUCUUAAUUCAGCUGAGCAGCUCUGACCCUACGACACGCCGCCACCUAUCAGCCCGACACACACUCUGGGGGGGGGGGGGGCAUUACAUGUUCACACACACACACACACACACUCAAAAGGAGACAAAUGUGUGUGUGUGUGUGUGUGUGUGUGUGUGUGUGUGUGUGUGAUACCAGCGGACAAUGGGCAGAUUUACUUGAAACAUGUCAGUGCCAACCGUGUUCGCUCACUAAGCUCGCUGAGAAACACACACACACACAUACACAUAUACACACAUAUACACACACACAUACACACUGUAAAAAACGAACGUUCUUUUAUUUUAAGACAUUUGUGAUUUAAAUUCAUUAGUUUGGACUGGGACACUUUUCAGGGUCUAACAUCAGAACCAUCAGAACCAUCAGAACCAUCAGAACCAUCAGAACCAGGACCUCUCUGAAUAACGGAUUUUUAGGUUUAAAUUUGUUGUUUUUUUUCCACAGCUGGUUUCUUCACCGUCAGAUGGAGAUAUCACUCGGUGACAUUAAAACUAUGUCUGUGAAAGUGUGAGUAGAAACACACCUGACCAUCAAUUUUCACCGCAUCCAGAAUGGCGGCGAUUUUCACUGUCCGCCAAUUCCUACAGGAGCCGUUUGUGAGGAGAAUUUCGUGGUGAGUUACGGACAGCGGUGAAAUGACGUCUAAAAACCUUUCACUUGUUCGUCUCCGCCCGUUUGCAUGGUGUGAAAUACGAUCCUCCUGAAACACGGAGUGUUUUAUUUUGAAAAGAAGCCGGAUGUUUUAUUUUGAAGUCUGUGCCCGACUUCCUUUCCAGCACGGGUUAAUCUGUGCUGAAUUUAUCCGCCAUGCUCCGGCGUCCAGAAAAAAUAGAACUCUUGUGAUCAGCUGAGGAGUCCGGCGAUCCUCAGAGGAACGGAAAGAAGUCGGUGUAAAUUGACACGUUAACUUGAAUGGUUACGAUCAGCUACGAUCGGAGGAUACGACCUUUUAGGAGACGAUCAGGAUGAAGGUGGAGGUCAGUUAAUGGGUUAGUGUCUUUAAACCCGAUGAGGAGCAGACAGACGCUGCAGCAGCUCCGCCUUCAGUCACAGCUGCCAAUCUGAUGAGAGUUUAACUUGAACUGAAACUGUGAUUUUUUUACAGUGUGCAAACAUGUCUUUUUCCUCCUCACACACACACACACACUCACACACACACACACACACACACACACACACACACACACACACACACACACACAGACACACACACACACACACACACACACACACACACAGCAGCAGCAGCAGCUCCCAGUCCUCCCAGUGUGAAUCCCAGUGGUCACUGGUCUCCAUUGAUAACCACAGAGCUCCUCCAAUCCCUUUUUUUGGCUCAGGCUGCAGCGAGAACCACAACAGUCCCCAGAGUGUGUGUGUGUGUGUGUGUGUGUGUGUGUGUGUGUGUGUGUGUCUCAGCAGACUUGGACAAUAGCGGUCUUUUAGAUUGAGUAGCGUCCCUGUCUAACAAUAGCAGACGUGUCUUAGUCGUGUCGUUAGCUGGAUUAGCGCAGCGCUAACAACAGCAGGAUAACUCUGAAAUGCUGCCAGUGCGUCUUACCGCUCACUCACUCACUCACUCACUCACUCACUAAUUCAUUUAUUCAUUCAUCACGGCCGUGCAGAAAGGGGGAUAUGUGGACUGUGUGGUGUGUAUUCGUGUGUUUGUGUGUUGUUAUUAAUUAGCAGUUUCCAUCGUUAACCCGCUAACUGUCUGACGCUUCACCUCAGUGUGUGUGUGAGAGAGAGAGGGGGACGCUUGUUUAUCUGACAGACACAGGACUUUCAUUUACACACAGACACACACACACACACACACACACACACACACACACACACACACACAGACACAUAUAAUAAACACAUUUAAAAAAUAUUCUUGGAGAAAAUUCAGAAAAAAGGAAACAGACUGAACAAGAAGAGAGUGAAAGUAACCAGAGAUGGAUGGAUGGAUGGAUGGAUGGAUGGAUGGUCGGGGGAUGAGUGUGUGGAUGUAUAGACAGCAAGGAGAUGAACAAGUUGAUAGGUUUAUCGCCUGUUUUUUCCUCUAUCUCCUCUAUUUCCUGUUUUCUCCUCUAUCUCCUGUUUUCUCCUCUAUCUCCUGUUUUCUCCUCUAUCUCCUGUUUUCUCCUCUAUCUCCUCUAUUUCCUGUUUUUUCCUCUAUUUCCUGUUUUCUCUUCUAUUUCCUGUUUUCUCCUCUAUCUCCUCUUUUUCCUGUUUUCUCCUCUAUCUCCUGUUUUCUCCUCUAUCUCCUCUAUUUCCUGUUUUUCCCCUAUUUCCUGUUUUCUCUUCUAUUUCCUGUUUUCUCUUCUAUUUCCUGUUUUUUCCUCUAUCUCCUGUUUUCUCCUCUAUUUCCUGUUUUUUCCUCUAUCUCCUGUUUUCUCCUCUAUUUCCUGUUUUCUCCUAUAUCUCCUGUUUUCUCCUCUAUCUCUUCUAUUUCCUGUUUUCUCCUCUAUCUCCUCUAUUUCCCGUUUUCUCCUCUAUCUCCUGUUUUCUCCUCUAUUUCCUGUUUUUUCCUCUAUCUCCUGUUUUCUCCUUUAUUUCCUGUUUUCUCCUCUAUUUCCUGUUUUCUCCUCUAUCUCCUGUUUUCUCCUCUAUCUCCUGUUUUCUCCUCUAUCUCUUCUAUUUCCUGUUUUCUCCUCUAUCUCCUCUAUCUCCUGUUUUCUCCUCUAUCUCCUGUUUUCUCUUCUAUUUCCUGUUUUUUCCUCUAUCUCCUGUUUUCUCCUCUAUUUCCUGUUUUCUCCUCUAUUUCCUGUUUUCUCCUCUAUUUCCUGUUUUUUCCUCUAUUUCCUAUUUUCUCCUCUAUUUCCUGUUUUCGCCUCUAUUUCCUGUUUUCUCCUCUAUUUCCUGUUUUCUCCUCUAUCUCCUCUAUCUCCUCUAUUUCCUGUUUUCUCCUCUAUCUCCUGUUUUCUCUUCUAUUUCCUGUUUUCUCCUCCAUUUCCUGUUUUCUCCUCUAUUUCCUGUUUUCUCUUCUAUCUCCUGUUUUCUCCUCUAUCUCCUGUUUUCUCUUCUAUUUCCUGUUUUCUUCAGUAGUUAAUUUUUUUUUUUGUUUGACCCCGCCCCUCUCUUUUUCUCUCUCUUCCCCCCGUCUCCCCCCUCCAGGUGACUCCAUGUUUGUGGUGACCGAGGGCUCUUCAGCCUGUCUCUGUGGGGGGGUCCUGGGGGCCUCCGACCCUGACACCUCCCCGGAUCACCUGACCUUUCACCUGGACACGCCCCCUCUGCACGGCUUCCUGGAGAACACGCUGCCGACGCCGGGUUCAGAGAAGAGCAACGCCGGAGUCCGAGUUGGUCAGUGUGUGUGUGUGUGUGUGUGUGUGUGUGUGUGUGUGUGUGUGUGUGUGUGUGUGUGUGUGUGGUAGAUCUGAUCCGACCCUGAUGUUUUAUUUUCCCAGAGUCCUUCAGUCUCGUCCACCUGACCUCUGGUUUCAUUAACUACGUCCAGUCAGAGAGCAAAGGGGCGGAGCCAACCGUGGAUCAGCUGACCAUCAGUGUGAGUGACGGGCUCCAUCGCUCCGCCCCCGUCCCCUUUUACAUCAUCAUCAAUCCGACCAAUGACGAGACGCCGUCACUGACGCUCGCCAACUUCACUGUGAGUUCACCUGGCGAGGGUCUCCUCAUGUUUUCACUCUGUGAUGAACGGAUGAAUUUUCACUAAUGUCUCCGCCCCCUGCAGGUGAAAGAGGGCGGGGCCAGGGAGCUGACCCCCUCCAUCCUGGACGGUUUUGAUCUGGACGCCCCUCCAGACACCCUGACCUUCACGGUCCUGCGGCCUCCGGCUCACGGACGCCUGAUCUCUGGUAUCUAUGGUAACCAGAUGAUGGCGGCUGACCUCCUGCAGAGGAGCCUCCCUGUCACCUCCUUCACUCUGCAGGAGCUGCGACAAGGUGAGAGAGAGAGUGAGGGGGCAGGGCCUAGACUACAAGCCCGGGAGAACUCCGCCGCCACUCGCUCAACAUCACCAGAUCUCUGUCAUCCUGAUCAGCUGUUCUAUGAGGCAGGAUAUUUCACCGCCGAGGAACAGAGCGUUACCGCAGUAGUACCGCAACAUUAAAACGGCGAGGAGCAAAACUGCUGCAUCCGCGAGAAGCCGGAGGGACAGCUGGCGGAAAAUCGCCGUUUGUGUAAAUUAGAUUUGUGCGUUUACAAAUUUAUGGUCCCCUAAUAUGUCGUCAUGCAGCGUGUGUGAUCAUGUGAUCACCAUCAUCACUGACCUCAUCACUUCAAAUGUAAAAACAGCGGCGGGAAAAUAAACCUAAAAACGUCCUUCAAAGGUUCGUCGGUUUAUUUUCAGGCGCAGCGGAUCAUACGGCGCUCUGUGAAUGAACGCGUCUUUGUUCACACAGAAGGCGCAUUAAGAAUCGAUUGGUUGAUUGUUGCUAGCGCGUUCUCCGGGCGCCGGCUGCCUCAUAAGAACGCACCUCUAGUUCAGACGUUACAGUCAGGCAGUCCUGUAGACGGCUCAGGGGUCCUGUUACGGGGCUGAUCAGGUAGUGACACGGCGUACCGUUGUUAUCUGAUGGUCACAUGUCGUCGUCUGAUGGUCACAUGUCGUCGUCUGAUGGUCACAUGUCGUCGUCUGCAGACACAGAGGAGGACUGAUAUGAAACUGGAACGUGGAGAUCGGCGAGUAUUUGUGCGUUUCUUAGACUUCCUGUUUCCUGAAUAUUGAGGUCGUCUGAGGAAAACCUGUAACCUUCACGGAUCACGUCAUCAGGUAACGACCAUGAAUAUAACGCUCUCGGCGAAGCGCUCCGCUCACCGUCUGUGGGCGGUCUUUUCUACCUGCUGAGAUCUUAUCCUGAAACAGAACCUGACUCGGAGCAGGUUUGGCGUUCGGCGCGAGUUACCGGGGAAACGGACCCUGAUAGAAAGGAUACCUCGCUAAGAUCGGCGUCGUGGUCCAGGCCUCAGGUGUGAACAGGUGAGCUGGUGUCAGAGUAAAUACUUCAAAUGCUCCUCCCCUUUUCUGCACCCCGCACCCCCCCUUCUGCAGGGUUAAAGGUCACAUACGUUCAUGAUGGCACAGAGACCCUGAAGGACGCUGUGUCGCUACAGUUGACAGAUGGCGUCCACACGGUCCAGGAGACGGCGCAGGUCACCGUGAUGUUGGUCAACGAUGAGAAACCGCGGCUGCUCAAGUACACACACACACACACACACACACACACACACACACACACACACACACACAUACACACACACACACACACUCAGAGGAAGUACACUACAGGUCAAAGGUUUGGAGGCGCGGCCGUUUCAGGCCGAUCAGUUCAGAGUAACUUCAAGUUUUUGUUCACGUCUUUUUUUAACUCCAGUUUGAUGUAUUUUAGGAUGUAUUUACUCCAUGAUCAGAUGUUGUUUCCAUGGAAACGCACCAUUUUACUCCAUUUACCUUCAGAUAAACAUCGAUGUUAACAGACCAUUGCUAAAUAUAUGUCAGCUAAAGAUAAUAAGGGCUUAGUUUUAGGGUCGAAAACAUUUUCAAGAGUCACAAAAAAACAACAAAUCACAGUUGGAUUAUUCACUUCAACUUUUUGUCUUCUUAGAGUCUGCAGACAAAAAUCUGAAUAAAUCUAAACUGAGUUCAAACUACCGCAGAAAUGACCAGAAAGAAGCAGCUGAGUAAAGAAACAAAAGUACAGAUUUGUACAUCGAGGAAAGAAGGAAACACAGGAAGAGAAAAAGGCCUAAAGGUGUUUAACAAAGGAGUCGACUACACUCUGAGGAGACGAGAGGAACCUGGAAGUUCUGAUGAGACAAACUGGUGAACGUCUGAAAGCUCCAUGUGUUACACCCACAGUUCAGCAUGGAGGUGGUAGUUCAUGGUAUGGGGAUGUUUAUCAGGUGAUGGAGUAGGAGAUUUGUUUGAAGUAAAUCAUGAAGAAGGAACAGUACCACUCCAUCCUCCAGCACCAUGCUGCUCCAUCUGGACUCAGACUUGUGGCUCAGAAGUUUGUUUUGCAGUAAGACGAUGACCCUAAGCUCUCUGCCGAGCUCUGUCAGGGUUACCGAGACAAAAGAGAAGAGGAAGGUGUUCUUCAAAAGAUGGUUUGGUCCCUCAGUCUCCAGACCUUUCUCCAUCUGAGCUUGUGUGGAUGAAUCGGAUCGAUCGGUCAGAAAAACUCGUCCCUUGAAUCAGCGUCUCUUUUUAAUGAACUUAAGAAAGCUUGAAUGUAAUCCCUGGAACAGACCUUAGAAAACUUGGUACCUGGUUUAUGCUGAGCUGUUGUUAAAGCCAGAGGAGGUAACUUUAAAGAAAGUCUAACAACAAAAACUCAAAUACCUCAGAAUUAUAGUCAGAAUGUCUUCAGAUCAGUUACUCUUUACACUGUAGUCAUGGUUACUGUGUUUAAAAUUAUAUUAAUGAAACUUUGAUCUUUGUUUGGACUAAUCUGAACUUCCAAACUUUGGGCCUGGAGUUUAUCUUAUUCUCGUUUGUGUCGCACUACUGACUGUUGGAGGUCAAAGUUCAUGGUCAUUUAAAAAUAAACAUAUUUGACUGUAGAUAUAUGAGUAGUAGAUAGGACACGCCCCUCUAAGCUGCGUGGAUAUGUGGCAGCCAUCUUGGUGGGGGUGUCGUUCCCGUUAAAGUCAGUCCAAUCAAAAUCAGUCAUUUCUCGCUCAUUUCUCACGUGGUUAACUUUAUUUUAGACGCCAAAAGCGGUCAGCAGUGGAGUCUGGCGUGGUCGCAGUGACUCGCUCAGAGUCUCCAUGAGUGUGUUGGACUGACGGUUGUCCGCCAUUAUCGACCAUCAUCAAACAAUUUAAACAAAAACAGCGAACUGUCAGGACAGAGAGGGGCCGCUGCGUCCACACCUGCCGCCAUCUUGGCUGACCCUCAUAUGAAACAGAGAAAGGAGGAGGGGGGAGGUCAGGGGGGUCACCGGGGGGAGGGACCUGUGUGUGCACAUGUGGGGAGUUUCUCUGCAUGACUGGGUGGUAAAUCCUGCGACCCCCCACCUCCUCCCCCACCCAUAAUAUUUUCAUUUGACUGAUCGGGAAUUUACAUCCUUCACUGAGUCCCCCCCCCCUCACCUACACCCUGUCCCCGGAUCGCUGGUGUGUGUGUGUGUGUGUGUGUGUGUGUGUGUGUGUGUGUGUGUGUGUGUGUGUGUGUGUGUGUGUGUUGGCACACACUCAGCUGGUGCUGUAAAGCUCGCUGAAGCUGAAGUAACGCUCAGACUUGGCAGAUGCCGACCUCCGUGUUUUUGCGUUCCUGCAGGAUGGACGUGGCGGCUUCUGUCCUGAGCGGAUUUUACUUCCAAGUGAAGAAGCAGCCAGACGGUUUCUAAUGUUCAGACCCCCUCCCCAUCCCCACCCACCACCACCACCACCUAUAACUGCACCACCACAAAAACACCACCAACACCCCCAGACCCUGUCCGCCCUCUAAAAACCUGCUAGAACUUCCUGAUUCCUGCUGCAGGAGUCAAAGUCAGUCAAGAUUUACACACACACACCUGUAUUUACACACACCUGUAUUCAAACACACACCUGUAUUUACACACACACACCUGUACUUUAACACACACCUGUACUCAAACACACACCUGUAUUUACACACACACCUGUACUCAAACACACACCUGUACUCAAACACACACCUGUAUUUACACACACACCUGUACUUAAACACACACCUGUACUUUAACACACACCUGUACUCAAACACACACCUGUAUUUACACACAACUGUAUUUACACACACCUGUAUUUACACACACCUGUAUUUACACACACACCUGUACUCAAACACACACCUGUACUCAAACACACACCUGUAUUUACACACACACCUGUAUUUACACACACACCUGUACUCAAACACACACAUUCAAUUAAACACACACCUGUACUCAAACACACACCUGUAUUUACACACACACCUGUAUUUACACACACACCUGUACUCAAACACACACAUUCAAUUAAACACACACCUGUACUCAAACACACACCUGUAUUUACACACACACACACACACCUGUAUUCAAACACACACACCUGUUUUAACCCUCUAUAGGGCGACUCAAACAAUUCAGAAACACCAUGUUACAUCUCUUGUUACCAUAGUAACACCAUAUUUAAUUGCUCGUUACCAUAGUAACAGCCCACACAGUGAAGUCAUCUGGACACAGCGUGAGUUAGCGUAGCUUGUUUUUCAUCGUGGAACCACCGAGCGCUGACAGAAGGCGGGUUUGAUCCUUUUCUUCUUCGUUGGUGUUUCAGGAAUGCAGGCUUGCAGGUGGACUCAGGUGAGACCCGGGUGAUCUCCAGCGUGGUUCUGGAGGCCGAGGACCUGGACUCAGGUCCAAACCAGGUCUACUACUUCCUGAAUUCUGGACCCCGUUUUGGAAAACUUCAGCUGAAGGUGAUCUAGGUUCUUUACAUCUAUACUCGUCCAAGACAAUCACAUCUGAGUGAUAAAGCUCUACAUACAGUCACCUUUGACCUGUGGAGGAAUGUGGGCGGAGUUACAGUCGAGAUCAGAGAACUGACCAAUCAUCAGCUGACAUCUUUGAGAAACUUAGGUUAGAGGUCGUUCUUCUGACGGUGACAUCAUCACAGACAGGAAGUAGUUGAUUCUCUUUCCUGUCUCUGACCUCUUCCUCUCCUUCUGGUUCUGACCCGUCUGACCGUCUGCAGUCCGAGUCCGGCUGGACGAAGCUGUCGGCGGGUCAGAACUUCACUCAGGAGGACGUGGAGAUGAACCGUCUGUGGUACACGCACACCGUCGCCGCCAACGCCGACGGGUUCAAAGGUCAUGACAGCUUCCGCUUCACCCUCAGUGACCUGGAGAACGAGAGCCCCGCCCACAGCUUCUUCAUCUCCAUCCACAACCUGCAGAAAGGUCAGAGGUCACCGCUAUGAUUCGCCAUCACACCUGCUUAUGCCCCCCCACCCAUGUGUGUGUGUGUGUGUGUGUUCAGUGUGUGUGCGUGCGUGCGCGUGUGUGUGUGUGUGUGUGUUCAGUGUGUGUGUGUGUGUGUGUCUGUGUUCAGUGUGUGUGUGUGUGUGUGUGUGUGUGUGUGUGUUCAGUGUGUGUGUGUGUGUGUGUGUGUGUGUGUGUUCAGUGUGUGUGUGUGUGUGUGUGUGAGAGUGUGUGUGUGUGUGUGUGUGUGUUCAGUGUGUGUGUGUGUGUGUGUGUUCAGUGUGUGUGUGUGUGUGUGUGUGUGUGUGUGUGUGUGUGUUCAGUGUGUGUGUGUGUGUGUGUGUUCAGUGUGUGUGUGUGUGUGUGUGUGUGUGUGUGUUCAGUGUGUGUGUGUGUGUGUGUGUUCAGUGUGUGUGUGUGUGUGUGUGUGUGUGUGUGUGUUCAGUGUGUGUGUGUGUGUGUGUGUGUAAACAGGUCCGUGUGUGUGUCCCUCCAGGUGAGCUGGUUCUGUCCAGUAAACCCGUCCACCUGUCCGAAGGUCAGCGGGUCGUCCUAAAUACCGACAUCCUGACGGCGUCGGACUCCUCAGGUCGUCCGGAGGAUCUAGUCUACACCGUAUCUGUCCCUCCUCGCCACGGCCUCAUCCACGCCGUCCAUCAGACCGGAGUCCCGCUGGUUUCCUUCACACAGCUGGACGUCGCUGCGCACCGAGUGUGUUACACACACGACAACAGUCAUCACGCCACGACCGACGCCUUCAGGUGAGAAACAGCGACUCGAUUAAACAACGACGUCCAGAGGCCUGUACUACGAAGCUGGAUUUGGUCUUAGCGAGAUAACUUCUGGAUAACUUCUGGGUUUUCUGUACUACGAAGGUGGAUCUCUUUUUAUCCGGGUCCGUUGCCCCGGUAACUUACGCGGAACGCCAAACCUGCUCCGGAGCAGGUUAUGUUUCAGGAUAAGAGCUCAGCAGGUAUAAAAAACCGCCCACUGACCAAUCGGAUCUCUUGGAAAAUGGCUUGCCCACUUUUGCCGGAUCCCGGGGACAUCGUUGCACGGAUAGUGAGAGGAGCGCUUCGCCGAGAGCGUUAUAUUCAUGAUCGUUCAAAUCCGUUUGAUUUACCUGAUGACGUUCUCUAUGAACGUUACAGGUUUUCUUCGGACGGCCUCAAUAUUCAGGUAGCAUGAAGUCUAAGCAAUACACUAAUAUUUGCCAAGCUCCAGGUUCAAAUUUGUUAGUCAUCAUUCAGAAUUCAUUGAAGCAGAUUAGAAAACUCUUAACCCCAAAUGUGUCUGCAGAUGACGUGACCAUCAGAUGAUGGAGAAAAAAAAGGCAGUGUGAGGAAAUCACUGUUUACACGUUGAAAUAUGUACAAAUAAAAUCUUCCAAUAAACUUACAAACUACUUUAAAGGAUGUUUUUAGAUUUAUUUUUAUUUGCUCCCACGUACUCUUUUCCCACUGCUGUUGUAUCUGAAAUAAUGAGGUCAGUGAUGGAGGUGAUCACACACGCUGCAUGACAACAUAUUAGGGGGCCAUAAAUUUAUGAACGCACAAAUGUAAUUUACACAACCGGUGAUUUUUUUUGCCGGCAGUCCCUCCGGCUUUUAGCGGCUGUGUCUGUCUCACUGUUUAAAUAAAGCUCUGUUCUUCAGCUGUGAAAAAUGACGUGCAGCCUUCUCCAUUGUGGAGAUUGGUCCGGUGGCACUGACCCCGCCCCCUUUACGUGUGCGCGCACAGAUCUGAACUGGAUUCAGUUAUCGAGUUGAUAUCCUGCUUCGUAGUACAGCUGAUCGGGAUCGCGGAGAUCCGGUGAAGUUGAGCGAGUUGUCGCAGAGUUAUCCUGGAUUUGUUAAUCCAGCUUCGUAGUACAGGCCUCUGGUAAACUCCUGCUGUGGACGUCAGGACAAAAACGAAAUGCUUCCAAAAACAUUUAAACUUUUUAAAACUUUUUAAAAUAUUUUAUUUAAACUCUCCAAAAAUUUUAAUGGCAUUUAAACUCAUUUUAGCUCUUUUACUUUCAUUUUAUGACAUUUAAACUCUUUUAAUCAUGUUCAACAAAUUAAAACUCCUUCAAAGUCAUUUUAACUUUUUUUAUUAAUCAUUCAAACUCAUUUAAAUCUUUUUAAUUACAUUUAAACUUGGGCUGCACCAUAUAUCGUUUGAGCAUCGUCAUGGCGAUGUACGAGUGUGAUCGAUUUUUUUUUAAAUAUCACAGAGUUAAAAAAAUAUCAGAGUUAGUUUUUUUCCAAAAUGGCGGAGCCCUGAUUUCGCCUCAUUUCUCCUCCUGUUCGUCUCUUUUUUUCGCUCUGAUUAAAUUUCCGAUAAACUGAUUCAAAGACUGACGCCGACCUGAAAAUGUCUCCUCAGUUUCAUCGUCUCAAACGGCGACUCGACCCGUCAUGGCUCCCUCUCUUUCACCAUCGAACUUGGCGACCGCAUCCCGCCAACCCUUCAACACAACACGGGUCUGCAGCUCCAGGACGGCGCCGCCCAAACCAUCACCGCCGAGCAGCUGCAGCUCACCGACCCCGACACCCCCACCUACAACCUCAGCUUCAUCAUUGUGAAGCCGCCAAGGUACGGGAAGCUGCUGGUGGGCGGAGUCCCGCUGUCACCUCCACUCAGAUUCACACAGGUGGACAUCGACGAGCUUAAGGUGGCGUACAGACACGACCAGAACAGCGCCGCCGCAGAGAUCGACAGGUUUGACUUCCUGCCAACAGAUGGCAGCAACAGAGGAUACCUGGAGUUUGGACAGCUGAGGGCGGAGCCAGCAGCUUUUAACAUACAGGUGAGGGCGGAGCCAGCAGCUUAUAACAUACAGGUGAGGGCGGAGCCAGCAGCUUUUAACAUACAGGUGAGGGCGGAGCUAGCAGCUUUUAACAUACAGGUGAGGGCGGAGCCAGCAGCUUGUAACAUACAGGUGAGGGCGGAGCCAGACAGCUUUUAACAUACAGGUGAGGGCGGAGCCAGGCAGCUGUGGGCUGAGGUGAAGGGAUGAAUGAAUGGAUGGAUGGAUGGAUGAAGUAACACUAUACCAACAGACACAGACACACACUGACACCCACAGACACACUGACACCCACAGACACACACUGACACCCACAGACCAACAGACACAGACACCCACAGACACUGACACCCACAGACACACUGACACACACUGACACCCACUGACACCCACAGAUACUGACACGCACAGACACACUGACACACAGACACACACUGACACCCACAGACCAACAGACACAGACACCCACAGACACACUGACACCCACAGACACACACUGACACCCACAGACCAACAGACACAGACACCCACAGACACACACUGACACCCACAGACCAACAGACACAGACACCCACAGACACACUGACACCCACAGACACACACUGACACCCACAGACACACUGACAUGUACAGACACACUGACACCCACAGACACUCCUGUGUCUCAUGUCGACUUCAGUCCUUCACAAAUCAGAUUUUCUCUCAUUCAGGUUUUUUUCAGCAGGAGGAUUUUCUGUCGGAGUAUUUCUAUAGUAAUAUUUUUAUUGUAGUAUUUCUAUAGUAAUAUUUUUAUUGUAGUAUUUCUAUAGUAAUAUUUUUAUUGUAGUAUUUCUAUAGUAAUAUUUUUAUUGUAGUAUUUCUAUAGUAAUAUUUUAUUGUAGUAUUUCUAUAGUAAUAUUUUAUUGUAGUAUUUCUAUAGUAAUAUUUUAUUGUAGUAUUUCUGUAGUAAUAUUUUUAUUGUAGUAUUUCUAUAGUAAUAUUUUUAUUGUAGUAUUUCUAUAGUAAUAUUUUAUUGUAGUAUUUCUAUAGUAAUAUUUUUAUUGUAGUAUUUCUAUAGUAAUAUUUUAUUGUAGUAUUUCUAUAGUAAUAUUUUAUUGUAGUAUAUCUGUAGUAAUAUUUUUAUUGUAGUAUUUCUAUAGUAAUAUUUUUAUUGUAGUAUUUCUAUAGUAAUAUUUUAUUGUAGUAUUUCUGUUGCAGUAGUUUCUAUAGUAAUAUUUUCAUUGUAGUAUUUUUAUUAUUGUAUUUAGUAUAGAAGUAUUCUUUAUUAAUGUAUUUUCUAUUGUAGUAUUUUUAUUAUAGUAUUUCUAUUGAAGUAGUUUCUAUAGUAAUAUUUUUAGUGUUGUAUUUCACUGUAAAUUGUAUUUUUUUACUGUAGUAUUUUUAAUUGUAGUUGUUUUAAUUGUGGUAUUUUUAAUGUAGUAUUUUUAUACAGUUGUGUCUUCCAUAGUAAUAUUUUCUAGGACAGUAUUUUCUAUUGUAGUAUUCCCUUGUAGUAUUUUUUGUUGUUGUAUUUUAAUUGUUGUAUUUUUUACUACAGUAUUUCCUAUUGUAGUAUUUUCUACUAUAGUAUUUACCAUUAUAUUAUUUCUUCUAUAGUUUUUUAUAUUGUAUUAUUUCUAUAUUAUUAUAUUUGUUUUUUUUAAGGCAUGUUUUUCAUUGUAGUAUUUUUUACCAUAGUAUUGUCUGCUAUAGCAUUUCCUAUUGAAGUAUUUUUACUAUAGUAUUUCCUAUUGUAGUAUAUUGACAAUAGUAUUUACUAUUAUAGUAUUUUCCACCGUAGUAUUUCUUACAGUAUUAUUUCUAUCCUAGUAUUUCCUAUAGUAGUAUUUUCUAUUGUUUUUUUUUUUUCUAUUGUUUUAUUUGUACUAUAGUAUUUCCUUCAGUAGUAUUUCUACAGUAGUAUUUCCUCUCGUUGAUCGCUCUCUCUCUCUCUCUCUCUCUCUCUCUCUCUCUCUCUCUCUCUCUCUCUCACUCACUGAUUUAUUUCCUCGUUUUUCAUUCUGACAGUUUGUAACUUUAAUAACUUUAAUAAUAACUUAAUUUCAUAUUUAAACACUGAUAGAAAAAUUAAUUCAAAGUUGAUUUGCCGAUCAUUAGAGUGAAAGAGGAAGUGGUCACUGAGCACGCUCAAUGCUGCUCAAAGCUGCAGCUGAAUAUUACACAUGAAGAUGGCGACCUCUGGUGGUGAGACAGUGAACUGCAGCAGUGAGUUCAGUCUGCCUGCUCCUCAUCAUGAGAGUGUUGUGGUUUUUUUAACUUUAUUUUUAUUUAAUCUCAUCGUUGUCUUCAAAAUGAAAAUGAAAACUCGAAUAAAUGAAUAAUAAUAAUAAUAAUAAAUAAAUACAAUCAAUUAUUUAUAAUAAUAAUAAUAAUAAUAAAUAAAUACAAUCAAUUAUUUAUAAUAAUAAUAAUAAGUAAAAUACAUUAAUAAUAAUAAUAAUAAUAAUAAAAUACAAUCAAUCAUUUAUAAUAAUAAUAAAUAAAAUACAUUAAUAAUCAUAAUAAUAAUAAAUAAAUACAAUCAAUCAUUUAUAAUAAUAUUAAUAAUAGAUAAAAUACAUUAUUAAUAAUAAUAAUAAUAAAAAAUAAAUACAAUCAAUUAUUUAUAAUAAUAAUAAUAAUAGAUGAAAUACAUUAAUAAUAAUAAUAAUAAUAACAAUAAUAAUAAUAAAUAUGUAAUAAAUAGAUAAAAUAAAUGGCUCUUAAAAAAUGAAAGUAAAAGAUUGAAAAUUAAAAUUAAAUGAUAAUCAUUAAAGUUUAUGACGAUCUUUCUCCAUCCAGUCCUCUGAGCAGAAACAUCGUCACUCUCUCCACGUCUUCAUGAACGUCUCGUGUCGCCUUCAGGUCCAUCGGGUGGACCGGACCCCUCCCACUCUGACCACCAGGAGGAGCCCCAGCACCGUGGUGGAUCUGGGCGGGGGUCGAUACGGCGUCUUCAUCACCUCCAAACACCUGCAGGCCUCCGACCCCGACUCCCAGACGGAGGAGCUGGAGUUCUCCGUCAGCAGACCGCCGCACUUCGGUUACCUGGAGAACGUUCUCACAGGUGAGGAGGAGGAUGACCUUCAGACCCUCACAGGUGAGGUCACCUGACCGGACUUUCCUCAGGUGGAUUCAGACUCUGUCCGCUCUCACAGGUGCGUACAUCAGAGGCCGCUUCACCCAGAGAGACGUGGACCAGCGCGCCGUCGUCUUUGUCCUCCCCGCCGACGUGGAGGUGACGGCCGACAGCUUUGAGUUCCGCCUGGUGGACCCGGCAGGAAACACGGCGCUGCCCGAGACGUGAGUUAGUGGGUGUAGACCGGGUCACCUGAGAAGUUCUGGACUCUGAGGUCAGACAGUUCCUCUGGUCCAGUCUCUGAGUUCUGACCCGUGUUCUGAAGGAUUCACAGACUCUCUCCUGCAGACUGGACCUGUCCUGGUCUCGGAUCGAGCUCUCGGUGACCUGCUACAGAACCUGUGAGACAGCAGGGACCCUGCAGAUCCAGAUCCAGCGCUCGGGUCAGAGCCAGGACCCCGCCUACGUUUCCAUCCAGGUACCCCCCCCCUGUUUUCCGUUGUCUCGGAGUCGAAUCGGCGAUAAUCCGACACUUUUGUUUGUUUGUUCAGGUGGAGGAAGGAUCGGCCAAACCAGGUCGGGAUUUCACCCACAGCAGAGCCGCCCUGAUCCAGUUUGACCCAGGUCUGCCACCCCCAGUCCUGUGACCCACUUCGGAUUUUACCGAAAAUAUUUCCUCCAUGUUUAAACUCCGAUCAAAGUUUUUAACCGCAGCAACAAAAGCCGAAGUUUGAUGAGUUUCUGUCGGUGCCGAACUUUGUGGACCCGCUGUGAUCCUGAAGAACUCUUUAACCCGUCCUUCAGCUUCAGAAGAUUUGUCAUUCUUAAUCAAUAGUUCUGAUCAGAACCAGCGUGUUCGUACUUUUUUUAUUUUUCAGAACUGAGAAAAAAUUUUACACUGAAGUCAAAAAAACAAAAAAAAGAUUUUUUAAAACAAAAAACUUUCCUGUUCUUCAUGAUUCAGACUCUCCUCCUCUUCCUCCUCUCACUCCUCCUCUUCCUCCGCCUCCUCCUCUUCCUCCUCCUCUUCUCCUCUUCCUCCUCCUCCUCCUCCUCCUCUUCCUCCUCCUCUCACUCCUCCUCUUCCUCCGCCUCCUCCUCUUCCUCCUCCUCUUCCUCCUCCUCUUCUCCUCUUCCUCCUCCUCUUCCUCUUCCUCCUCCUCCUCUUCCUCUUCUUCCUCCUCCUCCUCUGACUCCUCCUCUUCCUCCUCCUCUUCUCCUCUUCCUCUUCUCCUCCUCCUCCUCCUCCUCUUCCUCCUCCUCUCACUCCUCCUCUUCCUCCGCCUCCUCCUCUUCCUCCUCCUCUUCUCCUCUUCCUCCUCCUCUUCCUCUUCCUCCUCCUCCUCUUCCUCUUCUUCCUCCUCCUCCUCUGACUCCUCCUCUUCCUCCUCCUCUUCUCCUCUUCCUCUCUUCUCCUCUUCCUCCUCCUCCUCCUCCUCCUCUCCUCCUCCUCUCCUCCUCCUCCUCCUCUCACUCCUCCUCUUCCUCCUCCUCUUCUCCUCUUCCUCCUCUCCUCCUCCUCUUCCUCCUCUCCUCCUCCUCCUCUCCUCCUCCUCUUCCUCCUCCUCUUCUCCUCUUCCUCCUCCUCUUCCUCCUCCUCCUCUUCUCCUCCUCUUCUUCCUCCUCUUCUUCCAUUUCUUCCUCUUCCUCCUCUUCUCCUCCUCCUCCUCUUCCUCCUCUCCUCCUCCUCCUCCUCUCACUCCUCCUCUUCCUCCUCCUCUUCUCCUCUUCCUCCUCCUCCUCCUCCUCUGACUCCUCCUCUUCCUCCUCCUCUUCUCCUCUUCCUCUUCUCCUCCUCCUCCUCCUCCUCUUCCUCCUCUCCUCCUCCUCUUCCUCCGCCUCCUCCUCUUCCUCCUCCUCUUCUCCUCUUCCUCCUCUUCUCCUCUUCCUCCUCCUCCUCUUCCUCUUCUUCCUCCUCCUCCUCUGACUCCUCCUCUUCCUCCUCCUCCUUCUCCUCUUCCUCCUCCUCCUCUUCCUCCUCCUCUCUCUCCUCCUCCUCCUCCUCCUCUCCUCCUCCUCCUCCUCUCUCCUCCUCCUCUUCUCCUCUUCCUCCUCUCCUCCUCCUCCUCCUCUCCUCCUCCUCCUCUCACUCCUCCUCUUCCUCCUCCUCUUCUCCUCUUCCUCCUCCUCUUCCUCCUCCUCCUCUUCUCCUCCUCUUCUUCCUCCUCUUCUUCCAUUUCUUCCUCUUCUCCUCCUCCUCCUCUUCCUCCUCUUCCUCCUCUCACUCCUCCUCCUCCUCUCCUCCUCCUCUUCUUCCAUUUCUUCCUCUUCUCCUCUUCCUCCUCUCCUCCUCCUCUUCUUCCAUUUCUUCCUCUUCCUCCUCUUCUCCUCCUCCUCCUCUUCCUCCUCUUCCUCCUCUCACUCCUCCUCCUCCUCUCCUCCUCCUCUUCUUCCAUUUCUUCCUCUUCUCCUCUUCCUCUUCCUCCUCCUCCUCCUCCUCCUCCUCCUCUUCUUCAGGGGUCGACCUAAAAACCUGGACCAUCUACCUGGUCGAUGACGGUCUGGAGGAAAACCACGAGUCCUUCACUGUGACCCUGAAAACCCCCCAGAACGCCAUCCUGGGUCAGAGGUCGUCGGCGAGCGUGGAGAUCCUGGACCCUCGAGGAGGUAGACCCUGCUGGUCCUGACGGUCCUGUUGGGGGGGUCCUAGAGGUCCUUCAGGUCUGGACUCUUUUGUCUUUGUGUUUUUCAGGUCGCUGUGAUCCAGAUGACCUGAAGGUGGACGGAGGUGAGAAACGGCGUCCUCUGCCCCUCCCCCCUGACUCCCCCAGGUCAGACGAAGACCCCGUCACGGACAUAGAGGCGGAGCUCCUGUGGGAGAACCAGCCCCACCCCCCUCGAGGGGACGUCCCACACAGGAGACCCUUCGUGGACCACAGAGGGGGAGAACCUCAGGACCAGGCGUCCCACAUGUACCCACCCCUGACCCGUCCCCUCAGGGGGGUGGGCAGCAGAGGUUCUGAACAAGGGGGGAGACAAGGAGGAGUCCGGGUGAGAGACCGUCAUUUUUUUUAUGAUUAACAUUUUUUUAUUUCCAUUUUUCUUUUAAACAGUACAAACACAAACACAAAACAUCCCUCCCUCCCUCCCCAAGUCAACACCAACUGCACUCAUUCCUCUCUGGUUUGCAAAAUACGCCACUGUGCUACUCCUUGUACCACUUGCCUUGUUGGAUCGGCUGCAUCAAUGUAGCUAAACAUAAAGCAAUCACAAUCUCUACACAAAUCAUCGUUGAGAUACAAGAAAAUAUAUGAAUAAAAUAAGAUAAAAUAAUAAAUAAAAAAUAUUAAUAAGUAUAUAACAAUAAAUAUACAUAUACAUACACAUACUAUAAAAUAGAGUAAUAACUAUAGUAAUAAAAAAUAUACAAUAUAUAUACUAUAUGUAAUUGUAAUUAUAUCAAUUCACAAAAUAUAAAUGAUAUAUACAAAAAAAAAUAAAUAAAUACAUAAAUAAAUAUAUAAAAAUAACUGAAUACAUACAAACACCUAAUAAGCAAGUAAUUUAAAAUAAUGGGUAAAUAAAAAAAAAAUAAAUAAAAAAAAAAGACUAUAGAUAGUAAUGGAAGUUAUAACAGAACAGGAGACAUCAUUAAAGUAACGUGAGAGACUGUCAUUAAAACUACAGGAGCCUGUGAGGGACGAACACGGGAGAAGAUCAAAGUUUAACUGAUCAGUUUAUUGAUGAUCGGAGAAAAUGUCACGAUCAAUAAAACGACGAUCAAAGAGCCGAUCGAGUUUUAAUGAUUUUAUUUCAAACAUGAAGAAAAACUCUGUUAAUAAAAUCAAUAAAAUCGGGUUCUGAUGUUCAGGUCCGACUGUCAGGAGGGAGGAGGUCUGAAGAGACGAGGGGGAGGUCUGAGGAGACGAGGGGGAGGUCUGAGGAGACAAGGAGGAGGUCUGAGGAGACGAGGGGGAGGUCUGAGGAGACGAGGGGGAGGUCUGAGGAGACGAGGGGGAGGUCCGAGGAGACGAGGGGGAGGUCUGAGGAGACGAGGGGGAGGUCUGAGGAGACGAGGAGGAGGUCUGAGGAGACGAGGGGGAGGACGGUGAGGUCCUCACACUGAUAUACAAACAGACACACACACAGACAGUCAUUCAGGGUCAAAGGUCAUGACUGAGGACUAACCCGGCCCCCCCUUUAGUUCCACAGUCUGACCCGUCUUCGUCUGGAGGACCCGGGUCCCAGUGAUCCUCAGUGGUCUCAUAGUCUGCAGGAGUUCUCCUUCAGAGACCCUCUUCAAAUGGAUCAUCCAGAACCAGGACCAGAACCAGGACCGGAACCAGGACAACAUCCAGAGCUGCGCCAACGCAAGGUAAACACACACACACACACACACACACACUCAAACACACACUGACACCAUGAUGGUCUCUUUAGUUCCUCUUGGUCUUCAGGUGUUAGACUGAUCCAACAGCAGACUGAGUGUUUCUCAGUUCUGAUGUCUGUCUGUCAUGAUGGACUGAGUCGGGUCAGAACCAGAUAAACACAUGAAACUAUAAUCCAUAAACGAACAACAGAGACCUGAUGGAGCUGAGACUGAGUUUACAGUGAAAAUACAGAUGGUCUGUUGUAUCUGAACAGGUUAGCUUAGAGCUAAAGUGACGUUAGCACAGAUGAAAGUUCAAACAAAGACGUUUAUCAAACUGUUAAAGUUCACAAACCAUCGUCAUCGGAGAAAUCCGACACUAUGACUCUCCACAAAAAUAUUGACGUUCGAAAUAAUUGUAGAAAAAAAAAAACGGUCCCGGUGUGAGAGGACCGUAAAUCAGAAUAAAACAGAAGAUGAUUACAGGAUUUAUGAAUAUAAGAUUUUGUGUUUGGAAACAAUUAAAAUAAUUAAAUAAUUAAAUAAUUAAAUUAAAAAAGAAAAAGAUUUUGGAAAAAAAAAACAAAAAACAUGAAGUUUUAAUUAAAAUAAAAAGAGAAAAAACUGAAAAAAAACUGAAAAAAAAACUGAAAAAAAAAUGAAAAAAAAAACUGAGUUUUAGAGACUCUGAGUUUAUCUUCACAUGUGUGUCUGUGUGUGUGUUUGUGUGUGUGUGUGUGUGUGUGUGUGUGUGUGUGUGUGUGUGUGUGUGUGUGUGUGUGUGUGUGUGUGUGUGUGUGUGUGUGUGUGUGUGUGUGUGUGUGUGUGUUUGUGUGUGUGUGUGUGUGUGUGUGUGUGUGUGUGUGUGUGUGUGUGUGUGUGUGUGUGUGUGUGUGUGUGUGUGUGUGUGUGUGUGUGUUUGUCUGUGUGUGUGUGUGUGUGUGUGUGUGUGUCUGUAUGUGUGUGUUUGUUUGUUUGUGUGUGUGUGUGUGUUUGUCUGUGUGUGUGUGUGUGUGUGUCUGUAUGUGUGUGUUUGUUUGUUUGUGUGUGUGUGUGUGUGUUUGUGUGUGUGUGUGUGUGUUUGUCUGUGUGUGUGUGUCUGUAUGUGUGUGUCUGUAUGUGUGUGUUUGUGUGUGUUUCCUCAGACAGUGAAGUCGGUCACCAGCUCGUGUCCUGGCGGUUGGACUCACUACAGGAGGCGCUGUUACGUGAUUGGCUCGUCUGUGGCGAGCUGGGGGAGCGCCGAGAGGACGUGUUCACUGCUGUAAGAGACCGACGCCAUCUUUAACGUUAAAAACUGAUCCAGGAUCAGAGAAACCACGACCUGAGUCAGUGUGUCUGAGCGCCCCCUUGUGUCUGGUUCAGGUUUAACAGCAGUCUGACGGCCGUGCGCUCCAGGAGAGACCUGAGCUGGCUGUGGAAGUUCGUGGGGAGGAAACCCUUCUGGGUCGGUGAGUGACCGACACAGAACCAGAACCAGAACUGGACCUGCUGCAGGAUCUGAAAUACAGACGUGGUUAAAAAAUAUCAUUAAAGUAAAAAGUUUAUCAGGAUAUAUUAUUGAUUUCCUAUCAGCUGAUAUCGAUCAAUAUCAGGAUCUAAAAAUCUAACAGUGUUUAUUGGUCUCAUGUCUUUUCCAACACAAUAAUCUCCUGCAUCUGUGAGGUCUUUGUGUCUCUUUGGCGUUUUGUCGUAAGGCGUCGCUCUAGAGAAAGACGACUGAAUGGUCGUCUGUAUCAGGCGCCAUGGGCUCCUCGCUCCUCUCGGGGUUUGUAACCUUUUGCGUUGCGCGUGCUCUGCGGCGUGGCGCUGCUUCAGGUGGUGAAAAAGAUUUGAGGUAUUCCCCGACUUUGUGAGAACAUGUACUCGACAUAAUUUACAGUCCACAUUACUCUGCUUCAUGUCCGACCUCCAAAAACCAAAAUACCUCCACACCACCGACGUUUUCCUAACGCCAGUGUUGUGGUUGACAUUGAUGUGGUCAUCUGUUGAGCCUUCAUGGUCAUUUCUGUCGGGGGUAGCACUCAUUUUCUUUGUUUCUCACCAACAGUGCUGUCGGCUUCACCUGUUAAAGUGCUAUGGUUGGGUGGAGCUGCUGUCUGCUACGACGCUGCAGUUGGUUGAUACUUGGUUCUAAUUCAGAACAUGAUUGGUUCAGACCCGGAGACACUCCCCUUUUCAUUGGCUGUUUGUUCAGUCGACCAAAACAUGUCAGAAUGACGACUAUUGAAAAGGAUAUUGAUCAUGUUUCAUAUCAGUAUUGAGGGAAAUUAAUUUUCAAUAUUCUUUCGUUAUCGUUUUAUCGUCCAGCCCUACAUUAAAGGAAGUCCUGAGGAGCUGGAGAACCUCCUGAGAGGGUCUUAGUUCUCUGUUCAGAACUUUGGGUUUGUUCUGGAUCUCUGUAUCGGUCCUGAUCCUGGUCCAAAGAUCUGGACCUCUGCUCUGAUGACUGUUCUUGUUCUUCAGUGUUGAACCUGAAGCUCUGAAGGUCUCUGUCUCUCAGGUCUGACUGGAGGUCCAGGAUCAGAGUCCUUCUCCGGACUGAACCAGGUCCUGCUGAGCCGCGCUGAGUCUGACCCGGGAUCUGAAUGUGUUCUGGUCCAAAACCCCAGAAACUGGAUUUCCACAGACUGCUCUCCUGAAACUCAACACACCUUCAUCUGCUCCUCUGCAGCCCACACCCACUGA